ACGGAAGCCAGCGCAACGUCUCUUCUUCCGACAGAUAUUCCUUUAAAGGCGUAUUUAAAGCCCUGGCUUCAGUUGCAGCGGCAGCGCACAACCUAUGCAACAAAAGCUGCAGCGGAGCAGAAAGACCGUCCGACCCCUGGAGCGGACACGAACACGGAGCCGGCGGCUGACACGACCCGGUAAGGUGAGCACGGUGUCCGGGCUGAAACCCACCAGCGACGGAGGACAGAGCGCGGAUGUUCGAGCUCUUCUGUCCGCCGCUGGGACUCGGCUCCGGCGCACAGUUUCACAGCAUCUCAGGUUGCUGCUGCAUAGAGAGGAGGAGGAGGAGGAGGAGGCAUGUACAGUAGUUUCUGUAGGCCUGUUAGAAAAACAAAAAGAGAAGAGAGGCUGCAGCUGACAGCCUGCCGGGGCUCAGGCUGCAUGAUUGGGCUGCUCUCAUUGGAAAGUGGUGUUUCAUUAAUACCGCUCCACUGUUUUUGAUGGUAAUCAGGUGUGUUAAAUGAAAAGAGUUGCAGAUUAGACAUUGUGAAGCUACAUUACAAGUUAAUUAACCUAAUUCAGCCUAAAUUAGCUCAGUAGCUUUAUAAUAAACCAGAAAGGAGACGGUUAUUAUGAUGAGGAUCACACCUGUAAGUGUAUGAGGAUCAAAACUAACACUGUGACAGGUGUGUUUGGGCUUGCCAGUAAGACAUUAAAUUCAUUAGGAUGAGUUUACUGUUUUUUUACUAUUUGUUCAUGUUUUUAUUGAUUUGUUUAUGAGGCUGUUUACAUGAGGGUCUCUGAUAAAGCAUCAGAUAUAAAAAUCUGAUGCUUUAUUAUUGUUAUUACAUGUCACCUGUUGUGAGUGUAACACCAAGCAGUUUGUGUUAGGGUGAAAUAAAAGGGAGUCAAUGACAAUAUAGUCCAUCUGUUGAUCACAAAAGGUAUUAAAGUACCUCCAAACUCCACUCCCAGCAUCUAAACUUCACUCAUUUUGACUGUUUUUUGAGCAAAUUGAACAUCCAUUAACUAUUGGCUGUUGUCUGAACAAAUAUAAACCAAUGUGAGAUGUCUCUGUUGUCUCUGGCAGUAUAGUACGGCUACUUUGCACAUGUCACAUUGAGCUCUGUAGACUUGCACAAUAAAAUAAGUACUUGGCAUGAAUUCUGGUGCUGCUGCAGCUGUCGAAACACAUGCAUGACUUGUUUUUUAUGAAGCUUAGACAAUCUGUUUUUGUUUUUCUACCUGGUGUGUUUAAUAUGUCAAACACAUGUCUGUCAUUUUGCAUCCAACUCUAGUUAAAGCGCAUCUGUGUUGGACUGCUACAGCUCCAUGAAAUAGCGGGUGCACAGUCACAGUGAUGUAAGACUGUAAAGCGUUUUUCCAGUUUGUUUUCUGUCUUUUAGCCCUCUUGAUCGUUUAUCCUGCAGUUGUGCAGAUUUGCUGUCUCAUCAGUUGCCGUAUUGACUGAAUGUACAGCUUAACGUGAUGCACUGUUUGUGUGUUUGUGUGCACUGUGCUGAUUUGAUGGUAUGCAUGCUAAUAGCAGGUGUAAACAGGCUUGUUUCCUUUGUGUGCUUUUCAGAAAACGACUGCAGGGCCUGAGAUUGCAGCCUGGACCAAACAGAAACGUCUCAACGACAUUUAUGAAGCUUUCAAGGCCUUUUGGUGAGUCUCAGACUUACACACUGAAAAAAACUAAAGAGAGAGUGAUCACUUCUGUCUUUGCCUGCCCAUAAGAGGCUUUUCUGUCUGCAUAAAGAUUACAAACACAACUCAAAUACAGCGUGUCAUGCACACUCAACAGUUUUGCUUUAAAACUUCUUCUUUAAAAGAAAUCUGUCCCUAUGUGUCAGCGUCUCGCUCUCUUCAUCACGUGACCUGGUUUCAGUUUGCACGGCUGAGACCAGCCGAUUCAGCUGAAGUGAAAGCAAUCGACUUCCUCUUGAUGAAAUGUUUGCUGACUAUCAACUGGUGCUGAGUCAGCAUCAUGUUAUUAUCUACAUGCACACUCGCACGCAGGCACGCACACUCACACGCACAGUUCACCACAUCAGAUGCAACCAGACGACUGUGGUCACAUGCAGACAGUCACAUGAAGACCGGCUCGUGCUUAUACAUGUACACCCUAACACAGAUGUUAAGUAAACAGAUCAUACAUCCAGAGAUGACUUAUCCACCCAUAUACAAAUAUUUAAAGACUUAACAUGCAAAACUGGAUUAUAUAUCCACAGACAACAUGUAAAAUGUCAGGGGGAGUUAUUUAAGCAUCAUCAAAGAUACGUCCGACAGCUAAAACGCAAAUGCAAAGCAGCUUUAAUGAAGCACCGUUUUAAGGGGGAAAACAUGUGAACCAAGGUUGAAAUAUGUCACAAAUCUACUUGAGUGUGUUUCAAGACUACUGAAGCAAGCCAAAACCAGUAUAUCCACCACCACAACCCAGGUAGGAGUGUCAGUGGAAGCUAAUGCAAAUGAGGGUUUCACAUUUUAAAGAGGUUUUGGGUGCCUAUCAAACAACAUGAUGCUUCCAUAAAAGUCUGUUGCUGCAGAAAAUCCACCAAAACACGUCAAAGCAACCACAUGCACCUGUGCUGAUAAUAAAGCCAAACUUAAAUGCUUAAUGCAAUUUUAUGAGGAUUCACACCCUCUGCUUUUUUUUUGUUGUUUUUUUUUCAAAUGAGGUGUAGAAACCACAGCUGCUCUCUGGACCAGACUGUAAACAAACAGUGGAAUUGGAUACGCCUGCUUUCCUGCAAGAAUUUAAAGUUUGAUCUACAAAAAAAAAAGUUAUUUUUCGGUUAAUUUACUGCCCCUCUUUCAUCUCCUCUUUGUAUGUUUACCUUAGUCUGUCUAUCAUACAUACACACACACAAAAACACACACAGGGCUGAUCUGGCUUUGUAUCCUGGAUCCUGAUCCUGUGUGUAGAUAACCCACUUCCUAGGGAAAGAAAAAAGGGAGCCAGUAUGUUUUCCCACCUCUGCUUGGACCGCAAGAUUGUGUGUUUGUGUGUGUUUGUCUGUGUGUGUGUUUGUAGUCUCACUUACAUCGCUGCCAUCAAUAGCCUACCUUAUCUCUACCAGAUCUUACACACACAAACACACAGACACACACAGACACACUUGUUGCAGCUAUGAAUGCUGUGUGUUGUAGGAGUCUUGGGGAGUAUUGCACAAAUACAGGAUUAAGCUGCGAUAUGUUAGUUAUUCUGGCUGAAUUUAGCCUCAAGUCGAUUGCAGGAAAGCAGGUCAAAUUGAACCCGGUCAAGUUACUCUGCAGCUAGCCUGCUCCAGACCAAGCUAACAACCAGGCUAAGAUUAAUCCUAGAGACUCAUCUAAUAGUUUUACUGUCAAUCUUGUGAGAAUUAAUGCAUUUUACAGCAUUUCUUUGGUUUUCCUAAAUAUGUUGCAUCAUUUUAACUAUCAUGCAUGAAAAUAUUACAAAUAUUGUCAUUUGUCAUUUCAUUGAAGUCUGUCGUCUGUUUGUAAUUGUAACAGUCUUCAAAUAUUCAUCUAAACAUUCAACUCUUCAUUCAUGUGGUACUGUCAAGUCUUAUGAAGACUGGCUGACAAAUUGCCAUGAGAGUUUGGAUGAAUGUAUUAUUGCAGUUAUUGAGAUUUUACUGUAAUACUGUAAUAUGUAGCCUACUUUGAAGUAGCCAAUUUGUGUUGCACAGAUUGAGUAUGUGGACGUCCCUCCCUGAAUCCCCUCUGUCACUGGCCUCCCUUUAUUCAAGUCCAGUGUUAGCUCCUCUGCUGCUGUCAAAUCUUGGCUUAGUGGGCGGGCCCCCAUGCAGUUUUGUGGACUUUUCCUUUUUUAAAAUUGCUACAAUCAAAUAUUCAAUAUCUCAGCAGGCACCUUAUCUUGUUACCGUAUUUGUUUAUUAUCUACACCAAAGGUAGUCACCAGCCUUCAGAAUCUUCUUCAUUUUUGACUUGAUGCCAGAAGGAUGGGUAGAUAAAAUAGACAAACCAAAUUAAUGUGGGGUAAUUACAUGACACAGACACACAAUUUGGAUAAUUCUUUGCACUUCUUACCGAGUAACCUGCACCUCUAUACUUGCCACAUUUAAAGCAAAGUGUACAACUGUUCAUUAGCGGGACUGAAACAAAAACAGGAGUCUAGGAAAAACUAAAGUUAGAAAACAGCAUUAGAUCAAACUUAAGGUCUGAUAGACGUGUGUGUCGCAUGAAUGUGUGAAUGUGUUUAUUUGUUUGGUUUGGGGAUGUUACUACUAAUAGAUUAUUUAGAAAGUCUAUUUGUCUGAUUUUCCAUCUAGUAAAGGUAAACAAAGUAUGAUUGUAUGUCUUCCCCCACUUUCUACUCCCUGUGGCUUUUUUUCCCAGCUGGUUAACAAAGGCAGACAUGACCAAAACUAAAACUCAAGCUCUCCAUGAGCGAUACACAACAGCAGCCACCACCAUGCAGAUUUCAACAUCUUUGGACACAAACAUUACAGACUGGUUUCCCAGACUGGCAAAGCUGGCACAUAGUCUACAAACCAGCAUCAUCAAUGCCUCCUGUGUUUGUGUUUAUGAAGUCGUCUGCGCUUCGUUCUGCAUGACUGUGUGUCUUUACAGAUUAUUUUUACGAGCCUACACUGCAUGUUGAUGUUCUGCGGGUUAAUCCAUUUUUAUGCCCUCAAUAUGUUCUGUAGCUAUCAGUUAUAUCCAGUGUGGCAGAUAUAUAAGUGAGGGUAAAAAUCCAUUUGGUAUUGUUGAUGUCAUAGUAAUAAACUACAUUUUAAUAUGGAAGUAACUGCAAAUUGAUUGUUAACAUUGUUAACAGAGAAUUCCUUGAGCUUGCGUCCCUAGUUUAAUGUUCAGCUCUGCAUACACGGCUGGCUGUCUCUCACUGUUAUCAAAGACAAUAUCAGAUGGCUGGACUGUAUUUAGCCCUGGCUCAGGGUUAGAGGACAUACACAUGAAACACAGACACUCACAGAUGCAGCCAGAGAGCUUGUCAAUAAAACAAAACAUCCUCUAAGAAUAGAGACAUCCACUCUGUUGGCUCAGCUCUCCCCCUCUGUGUUGUUUCUUUUACAUGUUUUUCCUCUACAGUCGGUGUUUUGGUCACUGUUCCCCACGAGUCAUAAAGUACUUUGAAAUUUAAUUAAGUUAUCAAGCAGAUACCAUCUGUUGAAGCUAAUUUAAUGUCAGCGAAGGCUCCAGAACAGCUGACGAUUGACCUUUUAGUUGAUAUUUUUCCAACAUUUUUAAGCCAUUUUUUAAACUGAUGUAACAGAUAGAUAUUCUUUUGAUUUGCCCAGCAAUGUGUGGCAUACCCACACAAAUUUUGAAACGAAAUGGACUAAACCCUAAUCUCUUUAUUCCUUCUUGUCACUGACUGUUACAUUUGUUUUCUGAGUUCAUUUGUGGUAAGAGAGGACUUGAAUGAGAAGUAACUGGCCCAUAUCAGAGGUUCAAAACUCUUUUCUCUGCAUCUGUUCAAGUCAGAGCAGAAAAGUCAGCUUGUAUUUGAUUUGUUUUUUUCCAGGACUGUGAAAUCCUGUCCAAAGAUCACUUUAUAAUCAUGUGUAAAGAAAUGGUGCCACUUCCUUUCUGAAGCAGAAAUGCAGCCAGAUUGGCAAAGCUGUGAUCAGUGAAAAAAUGUUGACCUUUGAGAAGUGUUUCAAAGUGUGGAUAUGAGCUUUAGGAGCAGGAAAACUUGCCGCAAUCAAGGUCACUGGAUUCACUCUCCCAGCCUGGGAUUGUGACCAGCAGCUCAGUGUCUCUGCAGAGCUGAUGUUGAGGUUUUUUAACUUUAUAAAAUGUAGCAAGAAGACGUCAUUGGUAAGGGCAGAUUCUCCUCCAGGGUGGGGUGAACUCUGAUAGCAUGAAAAGCUUGAACAAAUUUGGCCCCGCCACUUUCCAGAGCUGCUAGGCUUCAGACGCUCGAGGCUGACUUUAAAACCUCAUCAGUAAGCCUUUUCUGCUGUGAAAACGUCUCGACUUUAAGGCAGAACAACUUCACAAAGUUUAACCAAAGUCAUUUUAAAGAUAAAAUGAAGCAAUUUUGCAAGACACUUUGCUCUCAUUGCUAGACAUCCUAUUUGGUUUCCAUCCAAUCACUGUUCCUGUCUACUCUGACUCAUCCUGAACCCGAAAUGUCCUGAGACAAACUGGUGUCCUGCCUUCCAAUUUAAUUACCAGGAGCUGACUGGAUGCCAGGGAUGACGGGCGGUGACUCAGAUGUUUCUUUCUUGGGCUUCAUGGCCUCCUUUAAAUCUAAAGUAUUUCCACCAAACAUCAUGAAUCUUCUGCUUUAAUCUACCGAUGGUCUCUCAAAGACCACAAAUGGGCCUGUAAAUAAGUUAAAACACUUAAACCAAUGUGCUGUCUUUGAAUAUAAUGUAUGAUUUCACAACUCUAACACAGUACUUUCAUUGAAUGCUGAUGAAAAAUAUUGCUGAAUUACAAUAAUACCAUUAUAAUGAGUGGAUUUGGCUGCCUGGAUUUACUUUUCGUCUAAUCUCUUGGAUUUACUUGCACAUUACUCCACAUUUAAGAGCCGCUCUAAUCUUAGGUGGAGCUUUGUGGAAAUGUUUCAAAGUUAAAUUUUUGGUGCUGACUGCUCAGAAGAUUUCAAAAGAUUAAUUUAUAACAAAAGAAAAAAAACAACAACUCAAUUUUAAAGCAAUAUACUCUCUAUGUUGGUGCCUUAGCUGUGCCAACACACAGCUAAGGCUGUGUCUGGACACACCCUUGCAGAGGAAACAGGAGGAUUUGAGCGCUAUCUCUCUGUUAAAUUUUGAAGAGUGAGAUAAAAUUUAGCUACACUGAACUUUUGCUCCAGAAAAGGUCUCCCACAAGCUGAUCAGGUUGAAUUUUAGAGGAAAUGCUCACCACACUGACAGACAGGGAGAACUCUGCUGCUUGUGCUGGCUUUGCAUAUUGAAAUAAACAUGAGAACAAUUAUUUUUUACUUGAGCCGCACUAAAGCUUCUGUUAGGAACUUCUAGUUUUUAUUGGUUUUGGUGCCCCCUGUGGACAAAGCAGUCUUUUCACUAAUCCUGCUGACUUUUAACAGUGAAAUUUAUCAUUUAUUGUUAAUAUUUUAUGUAAAAAUGGCAAAAUCAGAGUUGUUCCUUCAUCUGCUUUACUGACACCUACCCUUUCAGGUGUUAAAAAUGAAAAUAUAAAAAUAGUCUGCCUUGUCUCUGAUAAUGUGGUUUACUUUUGGAUAUCGUGAAAAGGCAUCGUUGAGACUGUUGGUCUAUUUAAUUAACAUAAAAAACCCUCACAGGAGCCUUAAGAUCAGAGUUCUCUAUCACAGAAAGCUGGAAAAAAAGUAUUCACACAAAAGCGUCUAAAACGGUUGGUUUUGUAGCGUUUAAUUUAAAAACACUUCAAAGACGUUGAGAAAUGACUAAUACAUGACCUGCUGAGUGUCUCAGCUCCUCUAACAGAUACAAGGCCGAACAGGGAAAAGUGAUCAGGUAUCCAGGAUGAGAGACGAUAACUGGCUUUGUUCCAGUAAUGUCAUUAACACUGUUAGUAAUACUGCACUCAGAGUAAUGGACACACACUGGUGCACACACACUACAGAAGAGAAACAGAACGUGCUUUUACACACUUUUACAAAGAAAAGCUGAUUAAACACAGAGUAAAACUGUUACACUAAACAAUGUGUUGCUUCGUUACACAAUGGGAAGUCACAUCUACCAAAGUUUGCCGUCUGAUAUCUGUCUUCAAACUGGAAAAGCUAAUGCAGCCUUCAAAUGUAAAUGAAGCACAGUUCUAGUGCUCUGAAGUCCCACCAGUGACUCUAAUUGGCUGUUUGUUUGUGUCUGUGGUCCAGUUUUGAUGAUGUGAACUUUUUAAAUGUUUAUGAAAAUCCGUGAUAGAAAUCAAACUUCAUGUUCUGGUAAAGAUUUUGGUGAAUAAGGGUUUGAUCAUGAGUCACCACCACAUUCUUCCAGCCAGAUUUGAUCAGAACAUCAUGUUGUUGACGCUGCAGCAAUGUGGACCUGUUUUAUGAGAAAGCUGUUUCCGAACUUAAUCUCAUAUAUUCAGCUGAUCUCGCACUGCACGACAAACAGCAGAUGUGACUUUUUCAAAGCACUUCCUCUUUUAGGUGGUGUGUCUCAACCAAAACAGAUGAUCGUGGUCAUGUGACCUUUAAAACUCCACUGAGAUCUGAAUGUAGGUGACACAGUGUUCUUAACUUUUGCCUAGACUCUUGGUGCGUUGCCUCACAUGUAUGGAUGUGUAGUGCGAAGAGGAAACUAUUUAUGUUGCCCUCAAAGUGUCCAGUUAGACUUCAGUGUUUUUGAAGUAACGUUUUGUCAUUAGUAAAUAUUUCAGCCAGGCUCUGCUGGUAUGACCAGCAUGCAAGCUAGGCUGUAGUUUUCUGCAGACAGGGCCAACUCCACCAUGUUAUUUGUGUAAUUUUGAGACAAGCUUUUUUUUGGGUGUGCAUACUUUUGCACUUCAUCUUUGCACAAUUUUAACGUGCGUCAGCUUGUCGUUUUAGCUCAGUCUUUUCCUCGUGACUGCAGCUGUACUUUGAGUCUUAGAGACCCUGAGGUGUUGUUGUUACCAAUUCCAGACAGACAGUUUUCUCUGUUUGUGGGCAUUUGCUUACACUUUACCCACCAGGUAAUCUGGGAUCUCUCCUACUCUCCAGUCUUGCCCAUAAAGUUGUGCCACAGCUGAUCAGCUGACUGCACGUGUCCAUAAAAUAGUGCAAAAUCAAAUAGGCUUCUUGUUGGUAAGGUUAGGCACUUACACAUGUAAUGUUGGAGCGUAUACUUAAACUGAAGGGUUAAUGUCAGAGUCUGUCAAAAUGAGCUAAAUCAUGAGGCCGAGUUGGCCUUAAUUCGGUUCAUGUUUCUCAUUAAAUUGACUAACCUACGAGUGACAACCCCACUUCAACAAUACUGAAGUAUCCCUUUAAACCAAAAAAUGUGUGUGUAAGGAACUGUACAAAAGUAAUAGAAAUCAUGAGAACAUUGCAGCUUUAAAAACUUACAUUUGGCUUUGCCAUUUCUUGGUUUCUGUUUCAGCCAGUUUUUGUCUGCAUUAUUUUAUUGAUGCAUUUACAUUCAUGUUGAUUUGAAACAUAUAAGCACUCUGAAGGGUUGAGGUGGUUUUGUCCAACAUGCAGAAAAAUGGAAGAAAAAAAUGUAAAACGUAAAUAUGGACACUUUAGACUGGGAGGGGGACUAAUAAUUGUUGCAUUCUGAAUAUGCAUAAUACAAUGCUGAUGAAAUUUCUGUUCAUGGUCUGCUUUUUCAUGCCCUGAACUUAGCACAGCUCAAAACCUGCUGGCACACUUCUGCUGUCAUGGUGCCAGUUUUCAGACAGACGGUGUUUUGUGCAGCUUUUCCAGAGUGUUUGCAGGAGUGUUCGGCUGUGGGUUUGGUGAGAUUGUUGGUCACAGUUUGGUUUGUAUCGUAAACUCGGUGUAAUUUGUUCCAUGUGUCAAUUCUCAUUCCUCUCCUGCUCUGACACAGAAACAGCAUGUAGAGAGAAACAAAGCAAGGAAAUACUCUUUCAUGGUUUGUCCCGAUGUAACAUUGUCUUAAAGAGGAGUUCUUUGAUUAGUGAUGGAGGGUUUUUUGUUUCACCGGCUUGACAGCAGAAAGUUUAAGUGAACAGGAUGUUCUUCUGUGGUUAAAUCAGUACCAAGCUUAUGCAAAAAUGUGCAAAACAGUUCAUUAAACUUCUCUGUGGUGAAGAUUGCAAAUGGCUGUUGUGCACAUUUAAAUGACUUGACUUAUCUUUAAAAAAAUUUGCAUGUGAGUGUCUGAGGAAGAGGGAGGGGUGCAAGUCAAGCCGUUUGGUGAUGUUUACUUCAGUUUGCCUUUAUCAGCAUCGAGCAUUUGUCUCUGUAUUAGGGCUGGUCGUGUGUGUUGUGUGUUAACUCUGCUGUGGAAUAUUCCAGUAGACAUGUAGGCGGAGUUAAAUCAUCUCAAGGUCUGCUUCGUUCCUGAGCAGGUCUGUGCAGGGUUGGCUUGUUCUCAAACCUUUAGGCUAUGAACUAAAGAUCUUCAGUAAAAUAUGUGGUUUUGAUGCUUUAAGCUGACUCAUACUAUGCGCUGCAGCAGUCACAUUGUAUGUUGUUUAUUAAGGAGGAACCGACUUACUGGCAGGUUGUUAUUUUGAUGAAAAAGAGGAGUGUGAAUGACAGUGUGGAGUCGCACUUGUUGCUGAAAGGAAAAAGAAACAUACCCACAAACAAAGAUCUAGUUCACCCUCUUAUACCUUCUUAUUUCUUGAUCCCCUGUUUCGUGUGCUGGGGUUUGUGGGUAAAAACCUCACAGGGCUGUACAGGGGGAGGAAAUCCAACACACACAGUCCCUCCAGAAGUGGGGAGGCCCCUCUGCGAGACAGGAUGCAGGUGGUGAGGUGCAGUAAUAUGAUGUUUGGUAGGGGGUACAGUAACCAGAGGGGGCACAGAAGAGGUUUAAGGUGGUGAGUUAUGUCCAUGUGUGUGUGUGUCUGUGUCUGUGCAAGGUUAUGUGGCGACACACGGCCAGUAACGUGACUCUGGGGUAGAAGUAGGCCAAGGCUGCUUGUCAGCAGGGUUGUCAAAACCACAAUGUUUGAUGCGCUGUCAAACUGUCAGACAUGCAGAGGCUCACACAGCUUUUUCAAAUUAAGAGCAUGUUAAUUUUGGUAGCUGUUCUACAAAUAGUCUUAAUCUUUGUCUUUAGAUGAAAAUGCAUUUUAGUUUUGUCAAAUUUCAGUCAUUUUUGCUCCUGAAAAUGUUAGUCAGGAAGUUAGUAAGUAAGUUCGUUAGUUAGAAAGUUGAUGGAAAGUUAUUCCUGGAAUAAAACACUGUCCCUGCUGAUCUCCCAAGGUACUACAGGAGAAUGAACCUUACUCCAAGUCAUGAAACAAAACAGUCUGUCUGUGGCUAUAUUUAUUUUCUUUGACUUCUUGCGCCUUUUGUAGGGUGGGGUUGGAGGGUCUAGGCUCAGCCCCCCAUCUCCUAAAGUCAGCAUCUGUGAUCACUGUGAUCUUUAUUUUUGAUUCUAUAAUUCUUCAAUUUCAUCUUUAAUCUGCAAGAGAGGUUCCUCAAAUGUGUCUUUAAACUAGGAUGAGGUUUCGAGGUUUGGACACUGAGCUCUUAACGGUGAUAAACUAGCUAAAGAGCAAACGAAACAUAGUAAGCGGACAUCGCUCUGGUUGCUGAAAUGCCUCAGGGAAAGUCUACAAUAUUAAACAUUAUAAAACAAAGAAGCUCAGAAACAGAGGGGAUAUUCACCUGCGGUGCAUUUGUUGCCAUUAAGUGACAAAAUGAGAACUGCACCCCCCUAACUUUCUCAAAUGCGCUUAUGUAGUUUGUGUGACAGAUUAGAGACACAGUAGGAAAUAAAUUAUAAAUUUUAAAUGUCACACAGUCCACCUCAACUUUGUCAUACUUCCAUCCUCUUAUUAACAAAUAAAAAGACACACAAUUAGGUCGCAUAGUUUUUGCCACCAGUAAUGCAUUUUAAUCUUGUCUCGAAUUGUAAUAAUUUUAAUUAAUGAAAUCAACACUGAUUAAGAUUCAGCGCUAAUAAAUGUGUGAGCCUUCAGUUUUAGGGGAAAAGCUAAGUGGUCUGCAGAUCACAUAAAAAUGAAGCCAGUUUUUAGAGACACAGUAACAUUAUAAUUGUCUUGAUAGGUUAGCAGACAUUAGAUCAGAAAAGGGUGUUUUAAUUCAUCUGACAGUUCUAAUUUAUCACAUCAUAACACUAAUGUAAAUACACAGUAAUUUCACUAAGGCUCUGUGUGUAUUUUUGUUCCGCUUUAUCUUAAGAUGCUAUUUUUUACUCUAAGCUAAUGUAGCAUAAAAUUAGCUAGCUUGCCAGAGGGCCUAAUAUAAACCCAGUUUUUGUUUCUUAUGUCUUCUUUUAUUUGUUUGGCUUACUAACUGUGUAACUGUAUAACUGUCCUGGCUGUAAACAGACUACAGUCUGUUCACUAUGUGAGCCAGUAAGAGUGCUAACCAGCUAGUCUGUUAACCGCCCAGACUAAAAAUAAUCUUGGAUGACUCGGCUAUUAGUGUCUCAAAGCUAGCUGACACGACACACAGCAGAGUCCUCUUCUCUCCUUUCCUACAUCUCAACUUUGCUAAUGUUAUGCUAGCCUAGCUAACAAAUAUCUAGAAUCUGAAAAUAGACUUGAGCUCCCUGUAUUUUGAGCUUUGGGCCUCUUGACCUGAAGGAGACUCUGGGUGGCAUCAAUACAUGCUAACACCAUUUCCCCGAAUAUCCUCCACCAGCAGUUUUUCAUACUUUUGCAAAAGGAUUAACUUGUUUUUAGGGGCAUUAAUUAAACAGUGUCUCUGAACUUUUUAAGGAUGUGUUAGUUUUGUUUUUUUCGAUUCACAAUGACAAAACUAAUAGUGUUACAUAACAGAAAUAAAAUAGGUCAAGGCUGAUGCUUGCCAGUUGGCGUGCUUGCAAAAAUUAGUUAACCAAGUCACGUGCAGCGCUGUCAUUUCCAUUUGAUAAUAUUUACUUCAGGCUUUAUAUUUUGUUGUCUUGUUAACUCACUGAAAAUUUAAUAAAAAUAAGGAUUUUAGUGCACUUAUAGGUAUUAAGAGUGCUUCAGUCUACGGGAAACCAGAGGCAGCUGUAAGAUAUCACAUCUUCCUUCAUAACUCACAGAUUCCUUGAAAUACACAUUUCAUCUUUUGAUUUAAGAAAUGUUAUCAAAACUUUUUAUUAAAAAUUUAGCUUAUUAAGACAAAACUGAAAAGUACAAUGUAGUGAAAAAAGUCGAUAAAUUUGUUGUAGAAACCGACUGUAUCACCAAAGAACAAGCACACCUAGAAGUAAAUACAGGUAGGAUCUGGUAUCUAUUGAUGUUACCAAACUUACUCAUGAACUUAAUUUAAAUGUCUUUAAAUAUUUCCCACAAUGUAUAAAAUCAACUGAAAGUACAUAAAGUUUUGCACAAAACUUUGCAAAUAUUCUCAAAGUAGCUUGAUUUUUAGGAACUGAAUUGAGUCAAAAUUGUGUGUUUUUUUUCCCCCAAAACUGAUCAGCUAAUGACUGAGAACGAUUUAUGUGAUGGUUCAAGAUAGACACAUUGACAUAGUCUGUUUUUGUGUCAUAAAAAAUGUAUGAUAACAGCAUGACUUUCAACAGAAUAUGCUCAAUGAAGUAAAUUUUAAGCAUGACUCUAGAAAUCAAAUCAUGAUGUUAUUGUAGUUGCUGCCGAUCUGUUAGGUGUGAUAAAACCAAAUAUACCAAAUACUAACACUUUUGUUAGCAUGGGUAAAUCAUAUGAGUUUUUUCACUAAUAGCCUCACAUUUAUUUAAGUUUAACAUCCAGUCACUUCAGAUAGCAAAACGCAGCACUUUAACACUUAAAAACUCAUGUUUUUGUGCAGUGAUCCCAUUUUUUAUUUGAGUGUCUGUUCUGGUGACUUUAGUGCAAGUUGCAUUUCAGAAUCAGGUGGUUCAGUCAUCAUACAGGCAGUGUACAUGGGCAUACAUGAAUGUUAUUUAUGGCAGCCUGUCUUGUUAAACUGGAUAAACCUGUCUGCAGAGUGACAAAUUAGACUGUCAGGAACUUUUUGUCUCUAGCCUUGGUAGCUGAAGUUUUAAAGCUUUCUGUGACAUAAGGAAGACAUUUCCUUUGUAUUCCUGUAGCAAUGAGGCUCAGGUGAGACUGGGAUUAAUUGAGACGUCAGAGGGGAUAAAACCAAGUCAGUGGGGGAGGUGUGCAUGAAUGUUUUAAUAACUCCAUGGCUGUGUUUGUGCGUGAGAGUAUGUAUAAGAACAGCAGGUAUAUUGCGUCACAUACAUACCAGCCAGUAUGCUGGUAUAAGCUUUGCGUUAUGAGUAAGGGAUUUGUCAUUGAUGCUUGUGCACGUUGAUACACAUGUGCCCCCCCCCCCCCAACCCCCCCACCCCCACCCUGCUCUCUGCACUGCAGCAUGACUGCACCAUAACACACAUACAGUCUCUGGCUACCUCUCUCCUCCCCUCUCAAUGCUUAUCCAUGCCAUCUGUUUCCCAAAGCGAGGAAUAUGGUCAUGUUUGUGGGAAUAUCAUCCACAGCAUGGUAAUAAUGGGUGUUAAAGUGCAUGUGGUGUUUAGCAGGAAAGCCUCUGUAAUACAUGAGGGUGUAGAUGUCCUCUGAGUGUCUCAUCUGCUGCCAAGUAUGAGUGUGUGUAAGUGACAGGAAGAGAGUACACAACCCCAGACUGGAGAGUCUGUGGACCUCAGUCACACUGUCUCAGUUAGAGACACAGAAAUGUCCAGAAGACUGAACAUCUGCCUCUGACAUUUUGUUGAAGUUAACCCAAAAGCAGACGCACAUAAAGCCACGAGCAUAAAACCACACCACGGGCCCUGUCGGGGACUUUAGGCUUAGUGUUUAAGUCUAUGAUGUAUGUUUCUUCACAAUUAAUGAGCAGUCAAUAAUUUUGUGCUUCAACUUUUAAAUAAACAUUUUAGUGAAAGCUGUGUAGCAUAAAUACAGACAGAAAUAUCCUUUUUUAUUUGUUUGCCCUUUAAAUAAAAGAGAAUAAAUGCAGACGACAGGAAAUAAAGGGAUCUAACAGGAGAGGUGAAAAGUCCCAACAAAGCCUGUGUCUUCAUUAAACUAAGGAUAAGUGAACAUUUAUACAGUGGACCUGUUACAUAAAAAGGACCAGACAGAAACACAACAGUGAACGAUUCAUGAAUGAGCUGACAAUAAUCAUAUGAUAUACAGUUUGUAAGGAUAUUCAUAGACCCGCUAAGAUGGGUCUGUAAUCUCACCUGCCCAUCUCUCUUUUUCUCCAUCUCCCUCUCUCCCCUCUCUGAACCCAGCUCAGUCUCAGCAGAUGACUUUCUAACAUGAGUCUGGUUUUGCUCGAGGUUUCUACCUAAUUAAGGAAGUUUUUAUCCGCCACUAUAACCUGCUAAAUCCUGCAAAGUGAGUCUGAACUCAUAAAAUAGGGCUUAAUCUGAUCCCAUUUGAUAUUUAUGUUUUUCUGUAACUGUAUAACCUUAAGGUUUUUUAAGAUUUCAUGAACAAUUACCCCCAAAUAAGCUGAUUCCAUCAGGUCACGGAUCUGUUUUGGUUUCCAUAUUUUGAAAUCCAGUCUGUUUUUCCCGGUCUGUCGCUUUCUUUCCCCUUAUAUUGUCUUUCUUACCCCCCCUUACAGAAACAGAUCAACACAAACAUCUAUAGGCACGGCAGUAUGUGAACCUGAUACUGAGGUCUCUGGCCUUGUAAUCUAUAUCUAGCUCUGUAUGGGUCAAUGCUGUUUGUGCGUCAUGUUCGUCGCGUUCACGUGCCUCGCUGGUGUGUGACACAAAAAACCCGUCCAGACACAAGCUGAUGGGAACAGAGAUUUGUUUUUUAGAGGUCAGUGAAGAAUGUAUUAAAUUACUUAGAGUGAUACAAUACAAAUUCCCCUAAAUAUGCAGUAAUUUAUCAUAAUUAUUUAAAUAAGCAGUCCUUAUCCAAACAUUAAAAGGCAAAAAAUCCACAUACCUAAGAACCUGGAGGCAUUCAAAGUUGUAUAGUUACACUUUUUUGUUGGAUCGAUUGAUGUUGACUCUGUUUACACCUGGACUUCUCCUGUGUUGUUGGUAAUUUGAUCACAAAUUUGCAGCUCUGGCGCAACUGAAAUUUGUCUCCUUUUGUUUUGAAUAACCUCUAGAGAAUAGGUUUAACUUUCUGGCUUUAUUCUCAGACAAACAAGUCUAUUAUUUUUGUCUGCAAAGACCGAAUUAAUCAUGUUUUGGACCAACAGUCCAAAUAGGAACUAGGCAGGGUGUUCACUCCAUCCUUGAGUAUCCAUUAAGCAUGUUUUUGUUGCUUCUUCCUGUUUUGCACUUUAAUAUAACACUACUGAAUGAAUUUUCCACUUAUGAGGAUAACAGGCUGUUAGAGGCUUACUCCAAAGGUGGUUUGAGCAAUUAGAUAUGAGUGCAUCCCCUGGACCAUACUUAAUUACAUUACCAUGAUAAGAUUCAGCUCCGUCCUGGAGGCAGGACUUCGUCUGACUUCAUGUUAAUCCUUCAUCAGCAGAGCACUUUGCAGCAUUUUUCAAGUUACAGUGGCAAAACAAAACCUCAGAGCUGCAGAAGCAGACUCAUGUUGGACAGUCAUCUGGAAGACUGUUUUGGGAUUUGAUUGGAGAAUAUGGGAGAUGCUGAAAAAGAAUUAUAGAUCGAGACCCAGGAUUAAUUUUUCUCCUUAAGCUUAUAUUUUCCAUGAUAACACACUGGAUAUAAAUGACAGUAUUGCAACACACCAAGCAUCAACAUGUGAAGCAGACUCUUAAAAAUAAUCUAUCACACAGAGAGGGACUUCAAGUACUAAAUGUAGAAUUGCUGCAACAAGAGAAAUGAACCAAAAACUAUUUCACUCCCACAGAGUCCAGUUUUCUGCAUGCUUGUUCUUAUUGAUUAAACAAAAGCAUGUCCACAUGGUUGGGUGUCAAAUCAGGGGCGGAACCAGGUCACAAUCAGUCCAACGGCAGAAAAUUGAUGCACAGAAGGCACUCUGUAGCCUACUUUGCCAGUCUGGGAAAUCUCUCUGCAGACUUUUUACCAGUCUGUCUUCUUUGUAUCCAAAGAUGGGGAUACGUCCUGGUAAAAAGUUCCUGUUCUUGUACCUGAUGAAAGUACCUGAUGUCCUUAGCGGUGGCUGUAGGUGACUCCUUAAAAUGGGUAAUAGCAUUUAUAAAACUGAAUGGUCAGAAUGAGAGUAUCUGUUCUAUAUCUGUAGGAACAUAAAUGAAAGUGAAAUGAUCUGACUGGCUGUUGGAAUCAGGACUGCAUUAUGGUGUGUUGUUUUCUGUUUUUUUUCUGCCUGCCGAAAGAAUCUUCGACAUUUACUUUCUGCUCCGCCACUUUCUGCAGAACCGUUAUACAGACGUCAGUGAAGGGGGUCAGCGAUCUUUGAGUGGAGUUAAAAUUGUCAGCUGCUGAACCCCUAAGCCCUGUUUCACUGAAACUCAAACAAAAUUGUAAAGAGGUCAGGUUAAAGUGUUUUUGACGGCAAAAAAUUGUAAAGAAGUCAGGUUAAAGUGUUUUUGACGGCAAAAAGAUUCAGAAAAAUGUCAAGCUAAAAACACGCUGGAACUUAAAACCCUCAACCUGAUUGACAGAUAUGUCAAACAAGUUCCUGACAGGAUGUUAGCAGGCAGAAAGUCCCUCUUUGGCAGCUCCAUCCAAGCUUCUGUGCAGGUACAAAGUGUCCACCUGCUCUGCUGAAGCAAAUAUUGUCACCUCGAGUAUCAAGUGGCUGAGCAGUUUGCACAAGAACAUGCAAGCUAUUUUACAGUGCAAGAAACCACUUAUUUGCAAACUGACACUGUUUGUUCCAUACAUGAUCAGGCUUGCAGACAUGAGACAGUUUCCUCAUGUUACCUGUAACAUUAAAGAGAGACGGUGAGAGAAACAGUAGAAGAAGAAGGAGGAGGAGGUGGAGUGAGCUUGGCCUGAUUUUACGCCAGUGUCUCAGGUAAUCUGGUCUGCAGCACAAGAAUAAACACUAACUAAAAUAGACAUGGGUUAUAUGUGCUGUGUGUGUGUGCAUGUGUGUGUGUGUGUGCAUGUGUGUGUGUGCGUGCUCGUUCACAGGUUCAGAGAAGUGGCGUGUAGGUUGGUGUGUGAAAUACAGGAAGUGACAGACUCUUAAUUUGUCAUGACCUUGGACUUGACGGGCAUCUCUUUCACCUCCUUCUGUUUCCCUCUCCUCUGUUGUGUUUUUUUAUUUUUAUUUUAAGGCAGUAAAGAGCUCCUCUGCAGACUUUUCCACUUUGUUUGUCUCUUUUUCCCUCAUCUCCCUUCAUUAUGCUGCUUUUUUCCCUCCUCUCGUGCUCUCAUGUGAGACUACGUUGUUUACGUUGGCUCUCAGAAAAGCUGAGGUGUAAUUCUAUAUAAGCUCAGCUCAUGUUACGGACACACAAACAGUAUGUCUACAGACACAUAAUCAGAUAACAUUGACUUCUUUGUGUGUGAGUGUGUUUUGCAGGACUGAGCAUUACAGGUACAAGCAGGGAAAGAGAUUCAUACAUGCAGGGAAGCACUGUUUCUUGUUUUGUUGACUUUUUCACAAAUUUUCCUGUUCAAAAAUAAAGGUUACAAGCAAUAAGCACAGACUCACAUGCACCAAACACACAGGUUGCAAAUUUUAGCCCUCACCCAAACCCUUUCUCAGUCUCUCUUCAGAGGAAUUAAUUGUUCCUCAUGUAUUCAAAUGUAUUCAGCUGCUGUGUCAUCCUGGUUCACACCCUGACAACAUGUUUCUGUCUCAUUGAAUCAUCUGUCUUAUUGUGCUCUGGCAGGUGUGGUGUAGCACAAUAUUUCAGCUCACAACAAACCCAGGAGCUAAAGUUGGCCUGAUGCUGCUGAUGCAAACAAAUCCUUUAAGAGGUUUAUUUUUUUAAUGUUUUAACGCGAGGUUGUGUGAGUUACACAUCACUUACAAGUGUGUUGGUUCUGCCUCUUUAAUAACAAACUGCCAGAAAGACCUGCAUGUGGGCUAGGCUACAGUUUUCUGCAGACAGGGCUGAGUCUGAUGCAUAAAUUGGUGAAUUUUGAGGGAGUCUGACCCCCUCCUGGGAAAUGUUCAGUGCUUUUCCAUGGCAAAGCCCAAGUAGAUGUAGCACAAAUGCAUGCUCCUCCACCUGCAGCUAAUAUGGUCCAGGCUGUACAGGUUACCCUUACACUCUGAAUUUUGAUACUUUACAAUGCUAAUACUACUAAUACAAAUUAGUAGUGACAUGUAACUAGUACAGGGUUAGGAUUAAAACAAACUGAAAUUAUAUUAACUGGAAUAACUGGAAUGUGGUAAUUUGCCAAAUAAUAAUUGAAUCCUUUCAUGGCAUUCUGGUUUAAAAUACAAGAAUAUGUCUCUUAUUUCCACCUUUAUUUUAACUGAAAGGAUUUUGUUAGUGUAAUAUGGUUGUAAAUUGAAUCUGUUUUGGUUUUCGGGCAUCAGUCAAAAACUUAACAGCUACAGUAUAUGACAGUUUUUCUGACAUUUUCUGGAAGAAACAAUUUCCUUUACAGCUUGUUUUCAAUAAUAAACUAAUGCAGAAUGGAAAUAAUCUGCUGCCUUAACAAGUGUGGCCUUGGCACUGAAGCAAAUGGACUUCUGAUUGUCAAAUAUGGAUUUAUAGCCUGAAAAACGGAGACUGCUUUUGGGAGAAUCAAUUCUCCCAAUUAAACUCUUCAAAUGAGCAAGAAUUAAAAGUCACUCAAUGAGAUGUUUUGGACUGAGCCCAUGUUUUCAGCACCCCCACCUCUCUGUGUGUGAGAAGCAAUUGUCAAUAUGUUAAAACAUGUGUCUGUGUCAAGUCUGUGCCUGCAUGUUGCCAGUUUAGGUGUCUGAGCACAUCCUGUUCCCUCUCUGGCAGCACGCCCUGCCCUGUAAUUUCCUCAAAAUUCAGAGGAUAAUUAGCAUGUAUCUGUUGUGUAUGUACUGUAUAUGAUAGUCUGCAAAAGGGAGAGGGGCUGUUACAUAACCUGCUGCAAUAUGUGAGACGCUGGGGAGGGGGCUGUGCGCGAGUGUGUGAGGGUAAAAUAUUAAUGACCAUCUUGAGUGCAUCGUGAAUGUUAAUAGGGACACGUGAGGGAGAAUAGAGGGGGGUGAAGAGAGGAACCACAGGAUGAGAAGAGCAGGUGGAAAGAUGGAUGCCCUGGUGGGAUCUGCACCAAAGUGUCUGGUUCUGCUCAAGGCUCCUGCCUGUUAGAAGAGACUUUGUCUUUGUCACUGUGGCGUGACCAAGUGGUUGCUCAUGUUGCAUCAAUACUGAGUUUCUCAUCAUAAAUCUAAAAAUAGGACAGUCUGGACCUGCUUUAGUGAAGGGUAAUUUUGAUUUGGCUCCACAAGUUUAAACUCGUAGCUUUGGUGAAUCAGCUUCCCUGAAAUGACUGGCAGAUUUUCAUUUUGUCAAAUCAUGCAUAAUAAAAUCAUAAUAAGUUCUUGUAAGUUUAGAAAUGCGCACUGACAGCUGUCACGCACAAUACAUCACUCCUAAUAGCAAUGACUCUGGACACGCCUAUCAGGGUAAAUGAGUCUGAACUGGCUGACAGGUCUAGCAACACCAGGCCUGGAUUUGAGUUUGCACUAAAACGUUUGGACUACCCCAGGUUCCUGCCUGUUAAAGAGGAUUUGUGUCUGCUGUUGUAAAGUGUUUUCUCAUGCUGCAACUUCUCCAAAUAUCGAAGUAUAAUUGUGAUGCAGCUUUAUGUUUGUGUCAUCUUUAUAUGUUCCUCCAUCAUCUUCAUCUCUUCUUCCUCCUUCAUCCACCUGUUUACACACGUCCUCCUUUUCUUGCUUCUUCCCUGUUUUCCUCCUCUCUCAUUUUGUUUACUUCCCCAGUUUCUUCUUAAGAGGCUUGAUGAGGGUCGUAGCAUUGCGAUGACGUGUGUGUGUGUGUGGGUUGUUCACAUGGCAAACUGGUGUGUGUUGGGUGUGAUGAAACGUGCUGGUUGUAAUCCUGCUGCACAAAAACACACUCUGGAAUUUAACUCUGCAGGAAAUCAUAUUGAACGCCCUGUAGUCUGUUUUUCUCGCUCCCUUUGAGGCGUGUUGUUCACCCGGGUCCUUCACGCCUCUUUUUUUCCCUGUUCAUAUCUCUCUCAUUAUUUCACAUCACACUAGCCCCUCUGUGUGCGGGGAACAGAAGCUCGAUUCGUAAACAUUUUAGGUCAUAAAAAACCAUGGCAUGCUUGUACCCCUCUCACCCGUUUUCACAGACGGUCCGAGUGUGCGAGUAUUUAUCAUGUGCUCAAACCGAUUACACUCUCUGAAAAUGGACUCUUUUCAUCAGAGAGGGCGCACGUGUGUGGGGUUAUAGCAAGUCGACAUUUCUGCCUCCGGCCCUAAACGAGGUGACUUCAAUUUCCCCACUCUGUGCUGCUCACGUCAUGAAAUUAAAGGCUUAUUUUUGUCAAUAUGACCACCCUGGUGUAUUAACUCAGCUGGCGCCAAUCGGCAAAAAAUCCAACAUUGACCAAAAAUAGUAGUACAUUUUUCUCAAACAUGUUGGCAACACAGUGAGAGAAUUGGAGCCAUUGAUUACUCAAGAUGAAGAGAAUUUGAUACAGUUUUCUGAAUAUGUGCUUAUAUGUCAGCCACCCUGGACUUUACUGUUGGAAGCUUGUGUGCUUCCUCAAGGCAGCGUUGAUAAAGCAGUUUGGGGUUAAAAAACAGCUGCUGCGUCAGAUAAGAGACUCUGUUACAGAAGCUCAAUUGUCCCCUAUUUACAUGUUUCAGAUCUUUGGAGAAGCCACGGAGGUCUGUCCCUGCUGGCAACGUCAUUUUUUACUUGCAAAAAGAUGUGUGGACCGCACUACAGUACAUCCAGUGUGGCCACGCCUCAGGCUGUAUGAAAAGAUGGCUGACAUAAAAACUCCUUUGAAAUGAAGCCUAAAGUUGUUGACUGGCUGCAAUAUGAGCAUUGAGCCCUGCCUCUUCCAUGUGAACAGAUGGGACAUGGUUCAAACAUUAAAAUCUGAAUACAUUUAAAAUCAAAAUGGUUUCUGUCCGUUUUUGUCACUUAUACUGAUUCCUAUAAGGUCCAAAUGUUUUUUUUAAGUUUAUUUUUAAAGUAGUUACUUGAUGCUGUUGGAUGGCCCCAGCUAACCCAGAAUGCUGCAGCCAGAGUCCUGACACACACCAGUAAAUCUGAACAAGCACUUAUUGGCUACCCAUUCAAUACAGAAUCAUUGUGGUUCUGUUCAUGAUGGCCACAGGCUCUUUUUCAUCAUGCCUUCUCCUCCUCUCCUUGUUCUAUUCUCUCUCCACCUAAUCUGGGUUGAACAAUUAUGUGGUUCCCUGUGAUAGAUUAAAUUGUUGUUCGGGUUUUUGAGCUUGGUUUUUAUGGUCAUUAGAGAGAACUGGUUGGGUAAAAUUGUUGUUCAGGCCUGCAAUCAAAAAACAAACAGUACAGCCCCAACUUUAGCUUCCCCAGUCAGUUCUCACUGCAUUACCUGAGCUGUGUGUGUCAGGUGUCCUCACGUUCAAUCACAGGUUCAUGCUGAUCAACCUGAAAAACUGACACGACAGGAAGGAUCUCUACUGAAAUAUCAGCUUGUGAAGUCAUGUCUGAAACCCAGCGGCUGUAACUAACUGGUGUUUUUUGUUUUUCUCUCCCUCUCCACACUUCUCCACCUGACCAAUGGGAAACCUACUUUGCACCUGCGCCUCACCUGCAGAUUGAUCAGCCAAUCGAUGGGGAUUCUCAGAGGAGCUCCGCCUACCUGCACCGCCUGCCCUCCUCCUCCACCUCCUCCCCCCUCCCCCUGCAGCCUCCCCUUUGCCCCCGCCCCCUCUGUCACACAGCCCUCCAUUCAGCCCCCCUCUAUACACAAAAUGACUCUGGAACUCACCGAGUGGUCCUCUAUAUGGAUUUUUACAGCCUGUAAUAGACAGUAAGAGAAAGAGGGAGUGACCUCAAUGACAAGAAAGCCAUAAACAAACCUACACACACCACAUACACACACACUCUCACACACACACACUCGCACCCACACACACACACACAGAAAGAAGAAAAUGCACAAACUUGCUCUUGGAAUGUAACACAAUUUCUUCCAGUGAAAAGUCACCCACUCCCAUCGAUUUUGGGAUCAUCAGCAAGCCUUCUGGGAGUUGGUUUCACCAAAUUUUUGUUUUUCUUUUUAAAGGCCAGACAAGGAUUAAAACCUGUUGAAUUUGGAGCUGCGUUGAUUUUUGGAGGACAACUUGAUUUUUUGGGACAAAUUUUUGAAGCGAUUGCUGAUUGAUUGUUCCUCUUUGAACAGAUCGAGGCUCAAUCCUUCGAUAGUUUCUGAUUAUAUUUAGAGUAUUUUCUAAGUAGGACACAGCUCGAGAUAUAACCCCUGACCUUGAUGCUGGGACACUGUUAGUUCAUUUGGAGAAAUUGAUCCCUAUCCUUUAGAAAUGAUAAUGAAUAAAUGUGUUAAUAACCAGCAUGUUACUACCACGAGUUGCACUUUGUAGCUUGUAAAGAUUGUACUCAAGAUUCUUCCAGAACGUUAGACCUAACCUAAAGCUUUAGCUCAACUUUCUUAGAUUUUUCAGUGUGUUGGAAAGGGUGCACUUGUUUUCUCAUCGCGUGCAUGCCCUCCAACAUGCCUCCCCAGAACACAGAGGCUGACACUAUGCAGGUCGGAUCUGUGGUGGGCGGGGUCAACGCCAAAAACUCCACUGCAUCAGGAAUGGAUGAGGAGAAAGGAGGAGCAGCAGGCGAGACGGAUGGAUCGGGAGACGGCGGCGGAGGAAAAGGGGGAGGAGGAGGCACAGGAGGGGAGGAGUCAGCAAGCGAAGGGUCUAUAGAGGGCAUCCCGCUGAAGAGAUGGGUGAUGCACGGAGCCGUGAUGUUUGGACGCGAGUUCUGCUACGCAAUGGAGACAGCACUGGUGACACCAGUUCUGCUGCAGAUCGGUGAGUACAGAGUCCACAAACACAAAGUCACUGUAGCUGCCCUGUAUGGAAACAUGACCAAGAAACUAGUGUGUUCAUGUGGAGACAUUCACUCUCUAAUCAAUCAGUAGGUAGGUGCACACAUUUAAAUCCCUGGAAACGCACUUAACACUGCGCAUGUUUGCUACUUUUUUCGAGUUGGUGUCCAUAAGAUAAUCAAAGAUAAUCUAUUAGUGAUUAUGGAUGGUGUAACUCUUGUCAAACCAUAGACCCGGUAUAGUAUGGACAACAUGACUCCGCCUCCUAUCAUUGUACAAAUUAUUACUCUUGGUAUUUCCAAGAUUUUCUCCAUUUUCUGAAACUGGCAUUUGCGCAGUAGUGUUCAGCGGGAGAGUCGCCAUAAUGACACUCUGCUAAAAACUGCAUAUACCCCGGAUGAGGCUCAUAGGCUGUAUCAAGUAUCGAUACAGCCUAUGAGCUGUAUAUCGAUUUAUAUUCCUUGUGAUUAAUUUUGAAGUUUGUCCUCAGCUCUAUUAAGUUUGCUGGAGGAGGCGGGGUUUAUGACCUAUACUGCAACCAGUCACCAGGGGGUGCUGUUCUUGCGGAGGCUUCCCCCAGCAAGGAGGCAGAUGAUGUCCAUUCUAUAUACAGUCUAUGGGUCAAACCCGUGCAGAGUUUUUCUAUUUGUUCCUCUUAUUCAGGUUUUUAGUGAUCAUAAGAAACUCUGAACAUAAAAGGGUUUGUUUGCCAUGACGUUACUCUGGCAUUUAAGAGGGCACCUUGGCAGCUCCACUCUGCACAUCCUGUUCACCUUGUGUCGAUGGACUGCCACUGGAUAUGCCAAGAGAUUAGCACACACACACGCGCACACACACACACACACACCACACACACAGCUUCAUCUUUGACAGCCUUUGAGAAUUUGCCAAGUCCAAAUUCAUCAAGAGUACACUGGAGCCCUCAGGGGGGACGGAGAGGGUGUGAAGAGAGAAAAGGCGACGAGGAGAGGGGAAAGAAAAAAAAGAGGAGAGGGAGUAAGAAUUGGAAAGAGAGAGAGAGACAGACAGAGAGAGAGAGAGAGAGAGGGAGAGAGACAAAGAGAGAGAUAAAAGAGCAGUAACAGCCAUAACCUUGUUGAUCAUUCAAAGUCCCUUGCAGUCUCUUUUAUCCCCUUGCUUCCUUUUCUCUCCAAAUCUAUCCUUCCCCCUCAGUGCUGUUCUGUGAUAUCCCUGCUUACGUAACCACCGCUACAUGAGUGGCAGGACGCUAUGUGGCCACCGUGACUCCUGGCCGGCUCACCCGGGAUGAGUCUUCUUGGGAAGCCAGCCUUUGAAAACCAAGAUCGGCUCACUGCUUGAAGUUUAGAAGAUUUUGCACCUUUCCACCAGAACUGCUGUAACCCCUUCUUAGGCUUUUUUCCCUGGGACGUGCUUUCCCUCUAUUUUUAGCCCAGAUUUUGCAGCUCGAGCCGAUUUUUGUAGAUCAGGAUGUGUCUGAGCCCCUCUUUGGAGAUUUCAGAGGUACCACAGCUACAGAUUACUUUGCGAAAAUGAAUAAAAUGACAGGAGGCAGAGCAGUACCUCGCUGAGAGUCACCACUGCUUUGGAGAGUUAAUCCAGCCUUGUUGGUCUUUUCAUGUGGCUAAUUGACUGCUGUUGAGUUUGACCUUUAAUGCUGAUCACUGGUAGAGAGGAUUGGUUCCCAUCACAAUAAAUUAUGAAGGAGAUUCACUCAGGUGAGCACAAACCUCCACAAACACUGCUAAGGUUUCUUACACAUGUCUGAGGCGUGUUUGAAUGUUUGAAAUUCAGAUUGUGGGCAUACAGACAUCCUUCUCCACCCCAGAGUUUCCUGCUACAACAGGGAGGACAUGAUGAGAGCAAAAAACCGAAAGAAAGGAGCAGUACAGCAGGACUAGAAGAGCUGAAAGUUGGUGCUGAAAAUGUUUGGCAGAGUUGGUUUGAUCUGCAGUCGGAUUAAAAUUUUUGGUGUUAGUCGGUGUCUUGGCCAAUCCAGUGUUCAUGUGGAAGUGCUGGUUAAGACCUGUUUUGGUAAACCCACAAACACUCUUACUCCAAAAAUUAAUCAGUAAGACUUAAAGCAGUUUAAAGUUCUGUUUUUCAUUCUUGUAGUGUUGGGUUGUUCGCGAAUGGUUCGUUCAAAAGAACCAAAUCUUUUAAGUGAACAUACUGAACCGAAUCACUGCCAAAGCACGCAGCAUUGCUGGAUGAGCAGCCAACGAGUGAGGUACCACAUGCGCAAACGCCUGAAUCUCUUGGUGAUCGAAUCACACACUCUCUGGAAUUGUUUUUGUCUGAGGGAUACACUUUUAUGGUGACAUUUAUUCCCCGUUGUUUUAAUAGAUUUAGUUCCCAAUGAAACAAAAUUAAAACGUUAGGCUGGCAGUAAUGAGAAAAGAGUGAGACGCAACAGCUGUAGUAAGCUCUUGACAGGAGCAACGGAGGGAGAUAGGAAUGUGUUGUGUUCAAGUGUACCUUGGAAAAAAACUAUAUAUUUUUUAACUCUGCUAAAUUGCCACUACAACAACUUGUAAGUAGUGUAUACAACCCUCAUUUUGAGGAAUGCACGAUUGAUCUUAGCAUUGCAAAAGUUUGCAAGGGAACGGUGCAUGUUCAGUGUAAAUUUUUCACCGCAUGUACUGUGGGGUAAACGUUCAGUGAACGAAUCACUCACUGAGUCCCAGUUUACCCAGUAGACCUGAUAAACAGCAUAUCAUUGGACAGUACACUUAAAACAUCACGAUAUAUAAACAAGUUCAUUUUUACAAACGUGUUUGUCAAAGCAACACAACCACAACACUCUUGUCCCCUGGUCCCAGAAGCCGUGAACUGAACUGAAACCUGAACUCUUCAGCUGUGAAUUAGUUCAGGAAGUCGGAGUCACAGGCUCCUCCUGCCAGGCGCUGAAUGAUUUGGUGAUGCGGUGAACAAAUCUUUUGAACGAAUCUUUUUAAUGAACUGAUUCUAAUGAUUCCGUACAUCUAAAAGAGCUGCCAUUCCCAUCACUACACCCUUGAUCACGCUCAGUGUAGUGUGUCUGAGGAGACGGUUAAAUAAAUAGAUAAAUAAAUAAACAUAUUAGAUCAUGUGCAUUUCCCCCAGCCCCACCCCUUUACCCAGUUCCCCUGCUAGCAUCCAGACAUGUUUAGUGAGAUCACAUCUACCCCUGUCCAGCUCCACAGGCAGCACUCCAACUAUCGGUAAAACAGAUAUCGACCUCCUAUUCCUCCAUGUGGUUCACCCUUGAUGCACUGUGGAGACCGUCUGUAGCUACUGGAAUUAGCUGGAUAGCUGGUAAGCUGGCUAGUUGGCUUGCCCUGAGUGAAACCAUUGUGUGUGUCUGUAACCCCCACAACACUGGGGUCAGGGAAAGAAAGAGGGUGUGUGUGUCGGUGUGUGUGUGCAGCAGGCACAGUUUGGUCAAGGAGUCCAUAUUUACACAGCCAAAACAAAGGAGAAAGGAAGCUCUACCUUACAAGGUCUUGUUCAGAGGGGGUGCAGGACUCAAGUCUGACUCAUACAAGGACACAGGAGGUUUCAUCCAAAGACUGCUGCACUCAUGACAUCAUUUUUAUUAUUACAGAAAACAGCAAAUCAGAGCAGAAAUCUGUUGUUUAGCAGAACUGGUUGAACAUGGAUUCGUUUCCUGCGAAAAGGAGCAAAGUGUGGAAAUUGAAGGUCUUCUGAAGCGACAAUAUUCAGCCUCUCCUCCCCACGUCGAUCACUAACAGCCUUCGAAAGGGUUAUCCCGUGUCAGAGCAUCACCUUGUUUCUAAGUUUGGUUGAAGGAAACAAAACAUUUAGUGAGACAGAAAGAAGACAGACCAGUUUAGAGGAUGAAUAGAAAUAGAAGGAAGAGGAAGAAAGAAAGAGAGAUUUUCUGAGAAGAAGAGAGAGAAAGAGAGAGUGGAGACUCAAGGAGGAGGAGAUGAGGUGACGAGCGCAGACGGCGUGUUGUGUCUUUUUUGGUGAGGAGUCUGGAGUAUUACAUAACUAGGAGCUUUUUCAGAACUGAGCUCAAAGUGACGCAUUAAAGCGGCUUGAGCAUCACAGUCUGCUGUGAAGACGAAUCAAAGGAGAGAGAAACAUCUUUAACAUCGUCUGUUCAUAUUUGAUCGCAGCAGCUCAAUAAUUAGCAAGGAAAACAGGAUUAUCGACGUAAAGGUCUCAGAUCAGGGAUCUUAGUGGACUCAAAGUCCAGAAAAGUCAAACACACUCAGACAAAAUGAAAUGAAUUAACAGAAGCUGGUAAGCCUGAUUUCACAGUUACGGAAAUUUAGGUGGAAGUAAAUGGAGGAUUUAAGUACAACAAAAGCCAUUAAUCUGCAGAGCACAAUAAAAAUAAAGAAGAAAUGCAGAUCAAAUAAACUUGAUUUCUCUCCACUGUGACCGCGUUUUAUUCCCUUUAGACAUUUCAAAAACUGCUGACAACAAAAGAAAUCAACUAUUUAACAGAUAAGAGCACUGUCAAAAUAUGCUUUUAUUUUGAAGGAUGCUACAGCUAGGUAGUCUUGUACUUCUUUGUCCAUCUAUCGGCGCUUGAUUCCAAUGUUUUAUAUUAUAAUAAGAUUUCACAAAUGUUUCUUUGUUUCAGCUUUUUAAAAUGAACUGUUAACUGUGACAAGGAUGUGUCUUUUUCUUUCAUUAAAAAAAAAUUGAUAUUACUCUUUCUAAUUUAGGACAGAUCAACAAAAAAAUGACGAACCCAAACUAUUUCAAUGAAAAUUUGAAAAAUAAACACGCAUGACUUUACAGAGACAAAGCAAAAACUAAAUCCACAUGCAUUAUUAAAUCUCAAAGAUCUGGAGCUGGUUCUGGAUCCACAAGUCUCAUGAUAGCUCCCUGCAACCCUAAAAGAGACACAGGGUACAGCUGAUGGUUGCAUGGAGAUUAAAACAUUUAAACAUGCACAGGUAAAAUUUCUUUGAAACACAUAUAGACAGGAGACUUUCAGAAGCUGACACUGGUAAAUUUGGUUUAUUUUCUUUGGAAACGUUCUGCAGCACAGACCAGUUCUUUUUUACAUCAGUGAUUUCUGUUGCCUCUUUGUGAAGCUGCAGAAUUUCUCCACAUGGUUGCAAAGUCAGAGGAUGACCCCAGCACCAACUUUUUCCUCUCUCUCAUUCUUAAAUCUCUUUCAUUUGCUUGUUUGACUGACUAGCUCUGCACGUAGAAGACAUGCUGCAAACAGUCCAGUACAGGAGGUUUUGCAAUGCUGUUAUCCCUCCCUCCUUGGAGGCCUGGUUGGCUUUACAAAAGGAGAUUAAGAGGAAAUGUCCCUCCAUUCACUCAGGUGCCAUAGCUCAGAAUCUCAGCUGAGUUUCGCUCUCCUGACCUUUGAGACUUUCUUAAUUCUUAAUCUAAAACUUUCCUUUUUUGAUACAGGCUGUAUAAUACCUAAACUUAACAGAAAUCAAAAACUUGACUGGGCUUUAACUUCUCACUUUUUAAAUGCCUCAUAUUCAAUUUUUGAAUUCUACCAAAUUAAGACUCUUUUGUUGCAUGUUCGUUGUAUUGUGCUGUUUUAUUUUCCGCAGUAGUCCAGCUUGCUUUUGCAUUGUUUGGGUUAGCACGCCAGGUACCCUAAUCCACUGAGUGAUCCUAUCAUGCUAGCUGGUCUAAUCUAGUAGAUGACCUUGCUGUCAGAGAGAUACAGUGUUAUAUAAAUGACUGGCUUGAUGUAACGUAGUGACUAAUCACCAUAAUCUGACCCAGUCAGAUGGAGUAGUUGGAGGACAGAGUCUGGGAAUGGAUGGACUCAAAGAUGCAAAACAAGACUUUGGAGGGGAGAGGAAAGGGUGAAGAAAGGAGCUGCUGACUGUGUGGAGUUUGUUCUGGGAGAGCGUUUAACCUCGAUUUUCAGUCUUCAUUUGCGUUUUACACCAUUGCCUGUUUCUCAGCCGGGAGGGAGAGAGGGGGAGAAAGAGAAGGAUGGGGGUGGGGGGGGAGGACAAACAGAGUCUAGCCAGUUAUUUAAAGCCCUUCUAUUCAUAGCUCUUUAUAUAACCGCUGCUGUAACCUUGAUGAUUUAUUAACACUAUCACUGUACACACACGGAGACACAAAAGAGUAACUUGCUAACAUCGCCAGCUUUGGAGGACGACGUUCUUGGCAGAUGUAGUGAAAGAUGAGACAAACAGCAACAUGAGCAUGUGAUGGCUGAUGCCGGGGCGUCUGAAACUGUGGCCACCGCGAUCAGCUGGUUCAGGAGAUCUUACAGUAAAGAAAAGUGGGAUUGGCUCGUGUUUGUGUGUGCUGACGUCUAACCAGCAGAGUCAGCAGAAACUUUAAGACAAAGCUGUAUUAUGUUCACCAUAUGGGGGUUCGUGUUUUUCCAUGCAACAGGCGAUAAGCUAGGUAUGUGUGUGCUAUUAGUGUAGGAUAUGUGAGGAAUGCAGAACUGAAUGUGUGUGUGUUGUAUUUGUUUGUCAGCACAUUGCUCCCACCCCUCCUCCCUCCAGGGAGGUGAAGUCAUCAAAAACAAGCUACCACCGAGCUCUCAGGUGAUGAUGAGGAACAAAGAAACAUCCAGCAGAAGCAAAUUCCUCAAACAGGAGCUGAAAGCAGCAGUUAUUUUCAUGAUAAUGAUGCGACAUCACAGUGUUUGGGAACUCCGGGGCUGCAGUGACGGGCUCUUAGAGAGGGAAGUUUAUGGUGCAGCUGAAACCCAGGAGGUGUUUCAAAUAAGUGUCGAAUAAGUUAACUUAGCAUUGACAAAUAAAAAGAAAGAUACAGGCAGAAAAAAGUAUAAAGCUCCUGCAUUUCCAGAAGAACUUGUUUGGUGGUUUAAAGCCCGGGUCAGGGUUGUAGUCAUUUCAGCGUCUCCUGCACACAAAGAGGCACAAUUACCUCUUUGCAGACCUUAUUGCUGUCUUUCCACAAACCACCUUCCCCUUAAUCCUGUACGAGUCAAAUACUCCUGACUGAGACCAUCAUCAAGCUUCCCAUUGUGUGUACAUCUCAUUUGUACAUAGGAAAUGUCCAAAUAUGACUCACUUUGACCCUGGGUAUUCACAAAAAUGGCUGAAAUGUUGAGCACAGGAGGAAAUAAAUCUGUUGUUUACAGGUUGAAAAUAUUUUAAUUUUAAAGGUGGGGUAGGCAGGAUCUGAGGAAGUGCCCGUUUUUAGGAGAAGUCUUGAAUGUAAACACUACCCCUCCCAACCAGUUUUUCCCUCCGCUCCUCCUCUCCCCUCCCUCUCUGCUCCAGGAAGCCCCGCCCACAAACAGACACUCCUGCUUGCUCGUAUUGUUUUAAUUAAAUUCGGAUAUAAUGUAGAUAAAUACUUCAGAUAAUUACAAAUGGGGCCCAGUCAACGUGAGAGUAAAAAGCAUUGGUGCUACUGUAGAUGCCAACAGACUACCAGCAAACACAAUGUUUGCAGGACUUCUACAACUAGGAUAAAGUGACAUAGUCCAGGACCCGAGGUAAACAGUUUAGCGGCGCUACAACACGCAGCAGGUCCCGUUUGACAAGAAACACUUCUGUCUGUUAUAGCGGUUUACCUGUCCAGCAGAAAGGUUACAGGGUCCGUAAGAUCCGGAAGCGUCCCUCGUCAUUUAUGCUGAUGUUGACUUGACUUUUUAGCUCUUGUCUGGUCUACCUCUGAUUUAAGCGCCCGUUAUUCCACCAGAGUCUCCGGUAUUUACUUCGUUUUCUUGCUUGUGUUGGCAGUCGUGGCCAAAGGAGGAUUCUGACAUUUUUCUGUACUUUCUGGUUGGUUUCCACCGAUAUUGUAGCACGCUAACUUUGUUUGGAAUGGUUAAGGACACCGGGGACCAGUGUCUGCCUCACAACCAAUCAGGUUGGGGGAGGCGGACAGUCAGAAAGAGCGGGCCACUCAAAAAAUUUAAAAUGUUGACUACACAGACAUAACAAAACACAGGGAUAUCAUUAUAUUACCAAAUGUCCUCAAUAACUAAUAGCUAUUGACUGAUAUUAAAAGCUUUUGUGUAUAUACACCACAAAAAAGAUGCUUCUUUAAUGGAAUCCUGCCUACCCCACCUCUAAUUAUUUUGUGUAAAUAGGAUGAUACUUGUGUAAGUAUGACUGGAGUACAGCAGUCAAAUCAAACAAGCUGAAAAUCUAUGAAGAGCACAACACACACAAACUCACACACGCGACAGGCCUGAUAGCAGUCAGAGAGGAGUAGUAAUGGGUAAUGGAUGGCCUCAGGAGUACUUUGUGUGUGUGUGUGUGUGUGUGUGUGUGUGUGUGUGUGUGUUGGGGGAGGUGUUAGUGUGUGUGUUUAUUCAAGAUGGGAGUAGAAAAACAUCUGCUCUCUCUCACUGACACUCUUUGGUGUUGACAGUACAUGGAUGGAUGGAUGGAUUCACAGUUAUGCAUUCAGUUAAAUGAUGAUUUUCAGAUCAGUUUAAGAGCAUGCUUUAAGAAAGCAUAGCUAUGUUUAAUCUCCACACUGCAGGAAUUUGGAAUCACUGCUCUCUGUUUGUGUGUAAGAAACUCUUAAAGGUGGUUCUGGUGCAAAAAUAGAGCAGGUUGUUAACUGGUCAUUCUCUCUCUGUGUCCAGAUUCGUCCCAAAGGCCUAUCUAUCUUUGUGUGUGUUUGCAUGAUUUCAAUGGGACUCCGGGCACUUUGUCUAGUCUUAGCGUGUGUGAAAGGGUGAAUGUGCCGUGUGGUGCUUCAUAAAUGGAGUCCAUUUACCAUGUUUGGGCCAUGUGCGCCAUUAACUCACAUAGUUUUCUACCAUGUUGAAUCAGUUUGGGAUAAAAAAAAAAGGGUGCUGGAUCCAAAACAACCAGGCGUAACGAAAACCACACACCAGAGCCAGUUGAUUCAAAAUACCUCACAGUUAAAACGAGCCAUGCACCCAAAUUUAAACCUCUUUAUGUUGCAGCAGUGUGCCUAAACAAAUCAGCAGGAAGAGAAUGUUGUCACUGGACAAUGUUUAAUCAUGUAGAGGACAAGAUAAGUGAAGACUGCUCAGUCAACAGGGGGCGCCAAAGUUCACGAAAACCCAAAGUUCUUCAACGGAGCUUUAAAAUUUCACUUGUAGGAUCACAGCGUUAGUGUUAUGGUACAGUAAAAUUGUUGGUCAUUGUAGAUUAAGAGCAUUUGCUUCAGAGCUGCAGUCAUGCUCCCUGUCAUAUGACACCUGAAUGCACCACUUUCAGGUUUUUUCUUGCUGACUGUCAGUAUUUGUGGUUACAUAACAUGAGCUCACCAUCUGAAAGCGGCUGAUUGGCUUUAUUGAUCACUUCCUGUCAGAAAAGGGCAGUGAGGGAUGCUGGUUUGAGCUUCCUGCUUAUGAUAGGUCAGCCACAGUUGGGGGCCCGCCUCCCUCCUGUCUCUCACACAUGUGAAAUGUGUAAUGGGCAGAUGCUGCAGGGUUAAAAUAGAAAUGAAUGAGUACUUCAUAAAUAUUCGACAUUUGUGAAUCAGCACUGAUUGGAUUUCAUGCUUUGAGUUUGUGUCUCAGUGUCUCCCUCUGUCUUUGUCUGGCUCAGUAGGCGGUGAACGUUUACUGCAGUGUGUUACAUAACUCCACCGACUGGAGGCAGCUGUAUGUGCGUCGAUGUAUGUCUCCGUGUGUGUACAUGCAGACUUCAUGUAAUUUUAAUGUCCAGAGAGAAUGCAUGGUGUUUUUUUUUAACCCUUUUUUUAUGAGUUUACCAUUUUCAAACUAGGAUCGUGUUUGUUUGUUUGUGUGUUUGUGUGUGUGUGUGUGCAUGAGCAAAGAAAGGCUCAUCCUCUGUGUCCUCUGAGUGACAUUGAAAAACGGUGAGGGCACACACUCAUGAGUAAAAAACUGAAUCACAGAGCAGCUUCUGUUCUGAUGACAUCUGAGUUUUUUUUAUUCUCCUUCACUUCUAAAGAAAACCUCUCCAGUGUCUUGACUACACCGCUCUACUCUCUGCAUUGAUUCGUUCUGCAGUUUGUGGCCAUCAGCUGACCCACACACAGUCGUACAUCUAUGUGCCUCAGUCUGUACUCGGCACUUUGUUCAUGAUGACCUUGGCUGUGUGUGCAGCUCGUGCUCCCCGUGUGCACGUUACUGAAGACUGUGUGAUUGAUGUCUUAUUGGAUCUUGCUGCUGGAUAGUACUGACUCACUCGUUUCUCUGUCAGCCUCUCCGUCAGUCCUUUUGUAUUGACUACAGACACAGCAUUAAGUAUUUUCUCUUUGUUUUAUCUGCAGUUUGGUCUUAUGAUUUUACAAAUACAAACAGGAUGUCUUGUGUGUGAUAGAAAGCUGUUAGUCGAGUGCUUCAGUGUUGAACUGUCUUUUUCUAACAUGGUAGAUAACCUGUUUAUCAGUGAGUCAGGUAGCCACUGGAUUCAACGGAGGGUGCUCUCAUUGUAACACAAUCAUUGAAUGGCACUCUUGACCCCAGAAUUAAUACUGCGAUGGUGUUCUACAAAAAUAGAGCACACCUUAACACCUAAACAAGACCUUGUUGACAUUGUUGUACCAUAUGGUAUCUUAUCACACCCUGACCAGACUUUGGUAGUGGUUCUUGGUGAUGCAGAAGUUUUAAAUUUGCAUUUUUUCUAGGGUGACCUUAUGUCUUCUUUUACCCGGAAAAUGUCCGGGGUUUUAUGGAAGUUUUGAGUUUGUGUAGCAUUGACUAACUGAGUUAGAAGCGCGUAAAAAACACCCAACUUGACCCGAAAUACCCUCAAAAUUUUGUGCAUGACUGUGCAUGGCCUUUUUUGGGGGAUUCAGAAUAUGGUCACCCUAUUUUUCCCUCUUUCACUGUAAGUGGCUGCAAGUCCAAGUGUCUUGUGGUUAGCUGCACAGACAGAAAUAAGCCUGCAGACUGGAGCUCUGGCACAGAAUCUGUGAUCUUAUCAAUAAGAAAUAUUGAUGUAAAUAUUUGAAAUCUGUUCUCAGAGUCCAUCUGCUGCAUUUCUCCCCUUUCUCCACUCUCUGAAAGCUGCACCUGACUCAGUCCACGUUUCUUUCACUCAAAAACACCUGCUUCCUCCUUUCCUUUCCUUCUUUUCCUUUCUUUUCCUCCUGCUCUUGCUCUCUGAUUCUCUCCCUCCCUUCCUCCCUCCUUCCUUCCUGCCCACUCUCUCCCCUCCACAACCUCUGCCCCACUCUCACUUUCACACUGUUUCUCUGACUGUUUUGACGUUUCUUUUUUUUCCUUGGUUUUCUCACGCCGGUGCAGGAUAUGAAAGGAUUGUUUCGUGUUUAUGAGGGAGUGGGAACAGGAGGGAUGGAAACAGAGAAAAAGAGAGGUGAAGAGAAAGAAGGAGGCUGGCAUUUGUUAGUUCUUGAAGAAAGAUUUGUUUGAUUUGAGUUUGGAGUGGGAUGGAGAUGUCUGACUUCUGUUUGCUCACAUUUUGUUCAUUGUGUGGAAGAGAGGAGGUGACAGGAGAAGUGGACGAAGAGGGGGAGGAGGAGGAGAGAGAGCGUGUGUGUGUCUGAAAAGCCCAGGGACGGGGUCAGUAAGAGCAACAGUAAUAGACCAAGUUCUUGAUGUUGUAAAGAUGCAGGUUGAAAAGGCUCAAUAAGUCAUCUCUUAUCACAGCAGCUGAUCAUCUAUGUGCUUUAAGAGACUGAAUAACUUCUGCAACAGGAGAAUAAAAAAGGGAACCUCUUAUCUGUUCAUGGUUUCAUCUUUCAGGCGCAAUGUAGCUCCAGGAAAAAGUUCCAAAACAAAUCACACACUUAUAAACACAGACAAAAAGUAAUCUUUGUUUGGAAACAAUGAGAGGAUUGUGAGACGGAGGAAGGAGGUUUCAUAGUACUCAUACUGAUCCAAGUCUUCAAAAGAAAGAUGGAAUAGGAGUGAAAUCAUAAUAUACAGCUGGGUUAAGAAGAAAAGGACGAAUGUGUCGGAUAUAAAAACUCAAUAACAAAAUAACUGGGCUUACUUUCACAGGAACAGGGCACGGCGCAUCUUUGAGUGACAAAGUACUAAAAUAAAGGUGGAGAAAUGCCUCAGGGGAAAUAAAGUCUUCAGGAUGUGGUCAGGCAGGUAAAUAAAGGAUGUUGUGCACAUGUUAUUAAUAACAGAGGAAGAUAAACUCUCUCAUAGUGCAGUAGAUUCUGUAAUAAGCUCUUUAAUGAGACUUAAAGGAACCCUCAAUGCCUGCUUUAUUAGAGUUCAACAUGAUGCUGCAGUUUACAGUUUGGUAUGAUUAAUCUUGCAGCCCCUGGAGGUACAGAAAUGAUGCAGUUGGCUGGUUUAAGAGUUAUUAUUCCAAGAAUCCCUUAAAAGGAUGUAGGUCAACAGGCCGAGGAUAAAUUUAUGAUAAGGCCAAUAAAAUUUGCCCCAAUGCGGAAAAUAUGUUUAAUUACUGCAGAACACAUGAGCUUCAGAUGUCUGUCGAGGCUCACAGAGUUUGUACUGUUUACGCAGAGUGAUUUUAAAGGCGCCGUAUCCAAUCAAACACUGAUAUUGAGAAACGAUCAGAGCCAUAAAUGAUUACUAUAAGUGUAUGUCUAAAUGGGAAAUCCUCCGCCUCCGCUGAAAGGGGGGAUGAAUGAGCGAUGUGUACUCAGAAUGCUGCACAUUGACGUCCAUAUAUUCAGUUCCUGUGAGUCAAAUGAAGGCUUUGAUGAUGGAGGAGGCAGAUUGUGUGUUCUCUUUCCCACGAUCAAUCAGCAGCACCGUCACCGUCGUCUGCCAACUAAAAUUAACUUUUUCUGUCCGUCUGUUCUCAGUCCAUCCGGCUUUGUCUCCUCCUCUUUUCUCUCACCUUUAUCCCCCCCUUCCCCCCUCUCUCUUUCUCUCUCCAUCCUUUCUCACACUCCCUCGCUCAUUUCACCUUCUCUCUUUCCGAAAUGCUUCCUGUGUUUCUGCUCUCUCAGUAUUGUUCCCUGUGUGUGUGAGUGUUUGUAGAUAGAGAAGUGAGUGUGUGGGAACUCCACUGUGUUUUAUUUUGGUAGGUGAGUCUCAAUGUCUGUAUGUGUGUGGGAACACAGACAUGUCCUUAUUUGUGAGGUGUUGACUGUGUUUCUCUUUGUGUGUGUGUGUGUGUGUGUGUAUGUGUGUGUGUGUGUGUGUAUGGGAACUGUUUACUAGAAACUGUUUUCCUGUUUUCAUGUUGACAAACGUACAGACAGACUGAUUCCUAUCUGCAGCUUUGUCUCCUGUUUUAUGGAUGUUUGAGCUUAAACCGACUCUUGUAUGUUCUCUUUAUUUGGGUGUGUGUGUGUGUUAUGUGUGUGUAUGUGUGUUACAUUUGUGUGUUUGUGUUAAAAAACAGAGAAAAUAAAUCGAAGCAGACAAAGCUUUCCACUACAGGAACCCUGUAUGAAUGGAACUGCCAUAUUAGGAGACAGGAAGCCAAGGUGAUGGAGUCUCUUUGGUGACAGGGUUCCCAAGACCUGAUCACUAUGGUGACAGAGGUCAAGCCCUUGUUUAUGGUCAUGUUCAUGAGACAAGGUUGGGCACAGAGGGCAGCAGGAACAGACUGUUAGUUUGAGAGGAACAAGCUAAUGCUGCGGUUAAGAAGUGCUAUUAAAUCUCCUGACUUUAAUAAAACCUCCUAGGCUGUAAAAUAAACAAAGUACUGCUGACUUGUCCCCUUCGUCCUUUCUGUAAAUUUUAUCCCAGGCUGGAAGAAAAUGUGAAAGUUUCCCCUGAUUUCUGCAGAAAAUUUCUCACAUGACAACAAACACAGCAGUGACCAUUAAUGACGACAACAGCUUAAUUCGUAUCAGGACACUAAGUGUGCCAGAGAGGAUUGCUCUUUUUUGAAAAGCCAGAAAGUUUCACGUACCACAUGUUGGUGGCAGAGAAUGUAUUAAAAUGAUUUUGGUGGAUGUAUUACCUCAGCUGAAAAAAACGGUGAUGCCUGAGGCUGUUUUUAGGGACUGAACUGAUGGGAUGUGAGUGGAUCUGUGCAGGAGGAUGAAACAUCCUCAUGAUUAGAUGGCUUGGCUCUCGGUUAUUGAUGUUGGUACUUGAUGUUGGAGGAAAAUGCACCUUCAUUGUUAAAGGGGCUCUCAUUGAAAUUAGCUGACAUCAGCCUCCUCUCACUUUUCAUCUUUGCUUUUCUGUUCACUAAGAGGUGAAACAUCAGCAGCGCCUCACACAUAUUGAUCUGCAAAGGUCCAAAUCAGGUUUCUGUCCCUAUUCUUUUUGAUACAUUAUGAUUUAAUGAAGAGAAGAGGAGAUUAUAUCAUUAUUUCAUCACUUAAAGAGAAAUACUCAUGAAGUUGUGCCAUAUUUGCCUCCUAAGAUAUUCAAACUUAAUCAUCUUAGUAUGUCCUUUUGCAGACUUUUGAGCAAGUACAGUUAUAGUUUUUAUCAGAAAAUGUUGUGUUUGUUUGAGCCAAAGGAGUUUUUCCAGUCUGGCAUGUGUUCAGACUAAAGGCCCAGAUGUUAUGAAGCCCUGAACAGACAGAUAUCUGCAGUUUGGUCUCCAUAAGGAAGGACAGCGUGGAGGCUGAACGGCACUUAAAGUAUUAGUCCUCUUCUGCAGAGAGGCUCAUCAAGUGACAGUUUGUCGAUAAGACAAUGAUAAAGUUCAGAUCUAAUUGUGAGCAGCUGAGUUGCCUACACUCCUCUAAAAGCCGUCUGCCUCCUCUUCCUCUCAGCCACUCAGUGACAUCACUGUGCAGUCUGAAGCACUAAUAACGUUCAUCCUGAACAGGCGGGCCGGGAAAAGCUAGUUUCAUUAGAGCCUCAGGCAGUGGGUGUAAAGUAAUAAGAGAUUGAUCUGAUCUAAUAAAGUGGAGUGAUUGUGUCUGCUUGCUGGUGUUUGACAAAUAAAGGGAGUUUAAGUAAAAGCACAGACAUCGUAAUAUUUCUAAAAAACUAGGGGUAGCACACUCCCCUUUCAGAAAUAUCUCCAAGAGUCUUCCAUGAUUUUGUUUAAGCUACAGCUGCUAUCAGCCCCAUGCAGGCCAGUUUCUCCAACCGUCAUGCCCUCCAGAAGUGAGGACUGAAUCAGCACAUGGAGCCAGUCAGAUAUCAGUCUGCAAAACAGUUUGGAAGUAAAGCAAACUCGUGUAGGUUGCAGAAGCAAAUGGCAAAUAAUCAGUUUCUUUAUUGGACUCUCAGCUUUUUGAAGGACAAAGUAAUUUAUGCUCAGCAUCCUCCUUUAACAACUUUGUGUACAGAAAAUACAACUUAAUGGCACAGUGAGGAUUUUCUACUGGUUGAAAAACAGACUGAAACUGAGACUAUCCCACUUUCUUUUUUAUUUUAAAUCUCUCUUGAGAUGUAACCGACCAUCAAAAAACCUCUUAGGUCAUGUGUGACUAUGUGAUCCACUAAUAAUUUGGUGUGUGUUUGAGCAGUGCAUCUCCUGCCUUAAAGGUCACUUUUCAGAGGAUCGUGUGAUGAGUUGAAUAAGCACUGGAUCUUCUGGUGACAGAUAUGUGUGCAUGCUCUUAGAGGUGUUGUCUGAUGUUAUUCAAAGCUACAGUCUACAAAGUCUGCCCGCUGUGUGUUUUUCCAGCAUCCUGUGUGUCUUUGUGGCUAAAGUUAUAGGCUCAGUUAUUUCCACUCACCUGGUGUUGAAACCCACCUGCUGCCCAGUUUCCUCCAGUGGAAAGCAAACCAUCAAUUUAAUAGAAAAUGGAAAAUGUCACGUGUACUAGACAGAUGAGGUUCCCUAAAUAUCAAAUCAUCCACCAAUUUUUUUCUUCUACUUUAUCAGUGUUAUAUUAAUUUUUAAAGCACCAGUAAGGAACUUUUGAUUUGUGCCAGUUUUGGCGCCCCCUUAUGGCUUUUUUUUUCAACAGCUGUUUGAUGACAUCUACCUCCUUAAACCACUUCCUGGCAUUAAAAAAGGCAGUACAUUAACCAUGAACUUCGUCCCUGGUGGUCUUGUUCUAUUUUGUAAACCAUGAAAAUGCAUCAAAAUGAAUUUCAGUUUAUUUCAUCAACAUCAAAAACAUCAAAAACCUUGAACUUUGAACUACAAAUUAAAUGUCUCUUAUAAACUGUCUCUGUAAACUGCUUUAAGACUUAAAAUAUCUGUGCUUCCAAAAAGCUUCAAAGUGAAGUUUUGUCCUCCACCUAUGAGCUUAUAAUCACAUCAAACUUGAUGUUUUUGUCAUGUAUGUCUCCAAAUUCACAUAAAGCUGUAGAAACUUGAUCCCAGGGUCUCCACACUCCGGCUCAGGUUCUUUGCAUUAGCCUGCACUCAUGUAAAGACGUUUCAGUCCUUUGUAUGAUAAUCCUGACUGGUUGUCCACACAGAGAUAAACCCCCCUGCCUGGUAUUGUUGCUGUGGUGUUUUCCUCCUCACUUUUGUUUGGGAUUUAACAGAAAGCCAUGAAAAAGUUACCCUCAGGUGAAAGCUCUGGUAACCGUGGAAACACAAACACAACAGUCAGAUCAUGUCAGUGUACACCUGUGACUACUCUGCUGUCGCAAGAAGCAAUGAGCUUUAAUGCUGUGGUUUUAAUAACCAAUAAUAAUUCCUCUCUAAAAUCAAAGCUUCAGCUUAUUAUUUAGAAUAUAUGUAUGUAUAUAUGUAUAUAUAUUUAUAUAUACCAACAAUAACUGCAAUAGCUGAUUUCAUUGAAUGACCCUUACGCAAGUUAAUUUGUAUGGGGAAAACUUUUACUUUGUUAAGUUUUUAAACCAGUAUACUCAGGAUAAUGGAUAGAAUAGGAUAGAAUGAGAAAAAGUAUGGAAGAGAAACGAAAAGAUACAGAAUUGAACGGGUGAGAAUAUACUUGAAUAGAAGAGAGGAGAAUAGAACAGAACAGAAUAGAACCAAAUCCAAUCAGAUAGAAAAAAACAAAAACAAAAAAACAGCUAAUUACCCAAUUGGAUAGAGUAGAAUAAAAAAGAAUAGGAUAGAAUGCGAUUGAAAGGAAUAGAGUGAAAUAAAAUAUAGAGUAGAAUGGAUUAGAAAAAGAGUGGAAAAGGAUAAAGUAGAAUUGGAUUGAAUAGAAUAGAAUUUAUUGAAGAAUGUAUGUAUUUUUCAAGUUUUUAGUUUAAUCAAAGUCAGUUUACUCCUGCAGUCAGGAUGAUACUUGCACCCCCUAGUGGAAAGCAGAGGUAUUUAUUGCUUCUCCUCACCUGGCAAUAAAGUCUCAGUCCAUAACUCAUACCUGUCUGUGUGUCUCCUGCAGGUCUUCCAGAGCAGUACUACAGUCUGACAUGGUUCCUCAGUCCCGUCCUCGGCCUCAUGUUCACCCCUCUAAUCGGCUCAGCCAGCGACCGCUGUACCCUCAAGUGGGGCAGGAGGAGACCGUUCAUCCUGGCGCUGUGUAUUGGAACACUUAUAGGAGUGGCUCUGUUUCUGAAUGGGUCACUGAUAGGUGAGUUAUCUUCAGGUGUUUCUUUGUGUCAUUGUCUGCAAUAGUCAACAUACAAAAUAUUUAAUAGUCAAUGAUGUUAUUAUCAACUACUUAUCGCAGUAAUUCUGCUUUAUUUCUUUCUCACUGACAUAAAUUAUUUGUCUAUUUCACUGUAAAAUUAAAACAAAAAAGUCCAGGUCACUUAAGCGCCUCACUUACUUUUCUGGGUUUAUCCUGCUGUAUUUAGAGUAGAGUCUUUGUUGUUGUCUGUCAAAAACAAGUCAAUGUUUGACAUCAGGUAUCGUCAUCUCUGUGUGUCUACUGUCUCCUCAUGCAUCUGCUACAUUUUGGAUUACAGAAGUCUGCGUACCAUCUGCCCACACUGUUAUCUAAACCCUCAGAGUCUCACAGUCGUGGUGGGAAUUAAACCCCCAAAUCUGCCAAGGCAAAUACAGUUGUUUUUACCCAGUAUGUACUUGUGCUGCAUGGAAACUAAAACAUGAGGACAGCAUUUUCCUAGAAUCAGUGGUUUAUCCACGGAGACGUUACCCUCUUUCUGACCCUCAAAAUCAUUACAUCAUCCUCAUGUGACUGCGAGAACACAAUUGUUCAGCCAGAUCAAACUGAUUGAUCAACCAUCGAUCAUGCUAUGCAUAUUUAUUGAUCCCUCGUUUAACUCUAAUUGUAGUUUGGCUAUACUGUAAACAAAGACACAUAAAGACUGUAGGAAGGUUUGUGUAAUCGGUGAAUCUAUGAGUUUUCAACUGUUUAUGUUCAACCAUCACCAUGUCAUUUUUUACUCCCCAGAACUCUUAAUACUGAUGAUAAUUUUACUCGAUGGCACAACAGACAAACAGACAGUUGUACUUGACUGCAGUGAAAUUUGUACAAAUCUCUUUUGCAGCCUUAAUAGUCUUAACCUGCUAAAGCAUGCAGGUAAAAGCAGAGGGCAUUGACAUAAAAUUAGAGUUUUGUUUCACAGUUGGUUUAGGCUUCACAGGGAUUUAACCAGCAGGUUUGUCAAAUAAAGCCAAUGCAGGAGUGCCAAAAAUCACAGUUCCUCAAGUGUCCGCUAAAGGCAGGCUGCAGAACUACUAGAAACCACAUACACACCUAUUCAAAAAAGCUCAUCUUUACUGCAACAAUAAACACGUUUACAGCAAGGUAGAGAAAAUGAUUUUGGUCUGAACAGAUCAACUUCUAACUGAACUGAUUUUCUCUAACUUAUUAGUUAAGAAGAAAACAAAGUUACAAGUUCAGCAUAUUAGAUACAGGGCUCUUCUAUGUUGACGUCACUGACAGCAAAAUAUGCAAAUAGUUUUAAGAAACUAACUUUAUUUCUAUGUUACAAAGUAUUGAAGCUAUAUUAGAGAGGGAAAAAAAUGAUUUACUAUAUUCAUUAAAGCUGUUAGAAAUGUUGAGUUACUGUUGCAAUAAUAAAGUGGUGGUGUAGUCAUGGUAUUGUGGGAAUAAAUUCAUAAUGGUAGAGUCCUAAAAUUUUGAGAACCAAAAUGUGAAAAGGACUUAAGACUUUACACUUCACAUUACAUUUAUUUACUUAAACAUGCACCAAAUGGUUCAUAAUGCAGAGAGUAAUAAAAAGGGCCUUUUUAGUGGAUUUAUCAGAUAUGAGCACUGUGUGAACCGCUGUCUGUCAGCAGAUUUUAUUCAGUUUUUCCUCCAUUCUUCUGCAGAGAGGUCAACACUCAGGUCGAUUUAGGGCACCAGUGUGUAUGAGUGUGUGUUUGUGUGUGUGUGAGAAAGAGACAGAGAGAGAGAGAGAGAGAGAGAAGGAGAGUACUUUUCCAGAGGGGCUGACCUGGGAAAGAGCAAUGACCUGUAUGUAUGUGAGACAACUGAGAGACUAAGAGGGAAGAAGUGUACGUUUCCGUGCCUGUAUUUAUAUGAAUGUGUGUGAACAGCACACAGUGACAUGGGAAAACUGUAGUAACCUGUACAGUCUGAGUGUGUGUGUGUUGACAUGGGAACACAGGAGCAGGCAGUUCACAGGGAAAUGCUUCCUGUUUGCUUCCCCCUUUCCACCAAUCACAAUUCACUUCCUGUCUGCCUGCCUGGCUAGUAAAUGGAGCUGCUCUAUUGUCCCACACACACACACGCAUAAACGCACGCGUGCGCGCACACACACACACACACACACACACACACACACACACAUGCAUACGCACGCACACACACAAUCACACACGCACGCAUGCACAUACUCACACAAAUAUACACCAACAUACACACUCUGUGCUGUUCUGUAUGUGAUCAUUUGUUCCUGCAUCUUGAUAGAUUCAGUUUGUAAAGUCAUGUUGCAUCACACCACCUGUAAUGUGUCUCCCCUUUGGCCCUACCCCUUUUGUCACACACACACAGAUUCAUUCAUAUCCAUGCUACUAAAGCUUUCCCAUGUUGUUUGUCCUGCUCGAGGGUGAAGCCUGGGUCACAAACAUGCUGCAGGUUGCAAAUAUCUUGCAUAGCAUCAUGGGUAAUGUGUUCCAGCCCUUUUGUUGACGUCAGUGUUCUGCAGCUGUCCUCACCCAAUAAUCAGCCAUUGAUCGUGGAGUUUGUGAGCUAUUGUUUGCAAACAAUCCUAGAUGGUUAUGUGAGAGCAGUGAUGAUAUUUAUCACAUCAUUAAUUUGUGAUAAACAUGCAGAUUUAAGAGUAAACAGCUUUUUGUUCUGAUGAUAUUUCUGAGAUAUUUUCUUCAACUACGCUUGCAUAUCAUGCAUAUGUAUUUCUUAAUUGAUAAUAACUAUUACAUGAAGCAUUAGAAGACUCAGAUCUUUAAUAAUGAGCAAAUUUUAUCAUCUUCUGUUCUUCAACAGCUGUCUAUAUAUAUAUAUAUAUAUAUAUAUAUAUAUAUAUAUAUAUAUAUAUAUAUAUAUAUAUAUAUAUAUAUAUAUGUGUGUGUAUAUAUAUAUAAAGCUGAUGAUACAACAGCGCUUUAGGGGGAAAAUAUGCUUUUAAUUGCUACAGAGGUGAACUGACUUAUUAGGAAUGUUUUGAUCUAGGCGCCGGUUACCCUCUUUUAAAAUCUUCUAUAAGGAGUUUUUGACAUGAAUAAAAUAGAUUAGAAUUCACAUUAAUGCUUUUUAAAACAUACAAAAGCAAACAAGAUCAUUCAAGACCAGAUAAUUGAUUUAAUUUUGUAAAUGGGAUUUCUGCCGGAGGACCGGACUUGCGCAUAGAGGAAAAGAGCUGCAAUUACUGCUUUGUCCACAGGGGGCGCCAAACUUGACAGAAGACAGAGUUAAUUGUUUUUUUUUUCAAGACGUGUUUAUGGUAUAAUCUGGCUCCAUAGUUGUCUUGUUUGUCCUCAGUUUGUCCAAUUGUGUUUUUCUUGUUACUGUUAUCAUGAUCUUUUUUGCCCUUAUAAUCAUGAGGUGCAAAUCUGAUAUCAUGAAAAGCUCUUCUCUUCUCUUACAGGUCUGGCUGUGGGUGAUGAGAAGGGGAGUCAACCAAUAGGGAUAGUGCUUACUGUGCUGGGGGUGGUGGUGUUGGACUUUUGUGCUGAUGCUACAGAGGGACCAAUCAGAGCAUAUUUGCUAGAUGUGGCAGACACAGAGGAACAAGACAUGGCACUGAACAUUCACGCCGCCUCAGCAGGUAACGUUUCCAUUUGUCACAAACAGUCAAACCUUUAAACUAACCCUGUGUUAGAUGCAAGUUUUGAUCCAUCCUUUGACAACGUAACUGGUUUUCUUGCACACAAGACUGUAACUCUGCACUUCUGUCCACAUGUGCAGGUCUUGGUGGAGCGGUUGGUUACGCUCUCGGAGGUCUGGAUUGGACUCACACCUUCCUCGGAGCAGUUUUCAAGUCCCAGGAACAGAUCCUCUUCUUUUUUGCUGCAAUCCUCUUCUCAGUCUCUGUCGUUUUACAUCUUUUCAGCAUUGAGGAGCAGCAAUACUCGCCUCAGCAUGACAGGCUUGACCAGGUACGAUUCAUCUAAAUAAAAGUUCACUUUUUAGAUCUGAUGACUUUGGUCUCUAACUUCCCACUCUCACUGUCCUCCCACCAGGAGAGUCCAGAUCGCACACACCUGCAACCGUCAGCCAAUGGCAGGACCGGCCUUCUCGCCCCAAAGCUGGAGCUGAUUGGAGAGGAUGACACUCUUGACAGCUAUGACCUCUAUGACCCGUAUGGAGACGACCAGUCAGAGCGCGGGGACAUGGACUUCCUGGAGGUGGAGCUUGUCAGGAGUAAGCCUGCGCACGCUCUUUUUCUGACUGUGAAUGACAUGAAAAACUUGUGACUGGAUCAUGAAGAGGUCAUUUCCUCACCUGCUUUCUCCUGGUGUUUUUACAGGUAAAAGUGACAGUGUCCUCGCCAUGGCAGACGCCACUCUGGACCACAUAGACCAUGAUGCAUUGUUCCUCUGCCACAUAGAGCCGUCCAUCUUUGCUGAUCGCCUCUCGCCCUAUCAUGGCUCCCCCCCUAACACCGCAUCCUUCUUUAACCCCAUCCACAACACCCCGCCCCCCAAAUUUGGCAACAUCAGACGCAGCAGCAGCGCAGGAAGUCAGGACCUGCUCCGCCUCCAAGCUAACAACCACCAAACACAUGCUCCAAGGAUUUCUCGUCUAUCAGCCUUCCUGCAGGAGAUGGAGAACGAUGACGGUCAGGAGGCGCUACUGAACAACCAGCUUAAUGAGCAAAGGACGCUAAACGGGCGUCUGUUAGCCGGCGUGACAAACGCUGACAGUGACAACACUAACAGGCUGAGCUCCAAAGGACAGGCACACAGAGCUGGGAUGGUCAAAGGUCUGUGUUUUUUUUAGGUGUUUUAAAUGAGACUAGAAGCAUAAAGACAGACUUUCAUGAACUUGUUUUAAUGCUAGAAACCUCUGAGUCCCCAGAGUGGUGUCAGAUGAGGGCAUUGAGAGCAUGCUGCAUAAAUAGCUCUUUUGCAUUAUCUAUGGCAAAGAUUAAAGAGACGGUCAAAAAACAGGAGGCUAAAACCUGUUUUUAAAACGGCCCUUGAAAAAAGUGCCAUGAAGGUGCCCGGUGAUGCCUAUGAUAUAAAUAAAACAGAUGUUUAGUUACAAGAUGUUAACUUUUCUUUGCAGAUUCCUCUCAGUUUCCCGACCUGUAAAUCAUGCUAUUUGAUCAUUUAAAUUAACAUGUAAGGCUAUAGUUUAACCAUGUUUCAUUUCUAGCUGCCAGUACCGGAGCUCCCAUGCGACAGUCCCGUCACCGCCACACCUUCUACCGCCAGCCGUCCUGCACUUUCUCCUACUACGGAAGAGUGGGAAGCCACCGCUACAGAUACCGUCGGGCCAAUGCCGCUUUUCUCAUCAAGCCGUCUCGCAGCAUGAAUGACCUGUAUGAAGUGGAAGCCAGACACCGGAGGAGGAGCAAACAGAGGAACAGACACCGUAGUGGAAACACCAACUCCUCCAGCGGAGACACAGAGAGUGAAGAGGGAGAGGUGAGAGUCUUUUUUCUUCACCCUGUUUAAUCUUUCCAGUAUGUUUUCAAGGAUCUAAUUCUGUUGUCUCUCUUAAGGUUGAGACCACUGUGCGGUUACUGUGGCUCUCCAUGCUGAAGAUGCCUCCAGAGCUGCUGCGACUAUGUGCCUGUCACCUGCUUACAUGGUUCUCCAUCAUCGCUGAGGCUGUCUUCUUCACCGACUUCAUGGGACAAGUCAUCUACCACGGGGAUCCUACCGUAAGACAAUACAUUUGACUACUUUAAUGAGUUCAUUUCUGUCCAAACUAAUUUAUACAUCAAAAAAUGUCAGCGAUAAGGUACAAACCAAAGUUUAUCCAAACAAAAUGAUAAUUUUUCAUUCACUCUGUCACAUUAUAACAUCUAAUUUCAAAGACAACUGUUUUGAAAUAAAGAACACAAAUAUGGGGAGAUAAUUUUCAUCUUUGAUUGUGUCUCUUUCUGUCAUAUUCUUACAUUUUAAGACAAAUCACAGUUUAAGCUCAGCUCUUUAGAUCUCAACCGACAGUAUAACAGGCUAACGUUACUAAUGUCCUCAUCGAUUUCUAAUCUGUAUCUGUUAGGCUCAUUCUAGGUGUAGCAACAUUACAGAGACUCCAGAUCAUCUGCUGGUCUGAAUAUCUUUGUCUCAGUCCUUUGAUUUAGGGGUAUUUGUCCUCAUAAUCUCCCUCUUAAACCAGGCUGGCCUUGUACAUUCACAGACUGUGGUCUGAGUUUAUUAAGCCUCCAGCUAUAACUCCUCUUGAAUUUUUAAAAUAUCUUUAUUUUUUAGCUUGAUGUCUAACUGAAAUGCAUAUUUAAUUAGGUAUUUGACCCCUGCAACUAUAAAUCAACAAAUCAACACAUAAGUCAUUUAGUUGUACAUUAACUGGCCAAUGGUUAGUGCCUUCAAGUCUAAAUGCCAAUAUUCUUAUUUUUUUCAAUUAAAGAUGUUUCUAAUAGUGAAAAUAUAACAAUAUGUUAAAAAAGAAAAGCAAUAGAUUUUGUUAUCACGACAACUGCUGAAACAUUUUGCUUGAGGUUGCCAGAUUACAGGGUAGCACAUUCAACCUUUACACCAGCUUACACCUCUGCUUAGCCCAACCGGUACACAUAGGCUCUGUUUUACCUUAUUUUGAAUGUGGAUAUUCACAAACAGACAGUCCAGUUGAGAUUGGAACAAAAGUACAUGGAAAUGUUAACAGGGAUAACAAAGUGGAAAAGUGGGAUAGGAAAGGAAAAAAGAGAGAGGGGGGAAAAAGAGAUUCGAUGACUGAAAAAAGUUAUAAAAACAAACGCAAUCCCUGACAGAUUAUUUUGUUACUAAUACCGAAGACUCAAAUCUGAAUCUGAAUCAGGGCAGAAAACUGAGACUUUUCUCUUUCCUUCCCUCUCUUAGGCUCCUGCUAACUCGACUUUGUUGGAUAACUAUCACAGAGGAGUUCAGAUGGGAUGUUGGGGACUGGUUAUUUACGCAAUGACUGCUGCCACAUGCUCAGGUAAAACAAAAAGUUCACUAAGUCUAAUCAUAUGUACAAAUAUUGUCUCACUAUACUCAGUUGCCAAAUGACUCAGAGGAAACAGCUUUAAAUCAAUAUAUUCUGGACUAAACUCUCAAUCCCUCCACUUUUUUUAGCUGUUCUUCAAAAGUACCUUGACAACUUCGACCUGAGCAUCAAGAUCAUCUACAUCCUUGGAACAUUGGGAUUUUCAAUCGGUAAAAAAAGAACUCAACACAAUAACACAGUUCACUUUAUCCACAUGUUGUAUGUUAGUUUUAUGUUGUUUGAUUAUAGUGUACCUGUCUUUUGAACAUUUUGACUCCAUAAAGUUAAAUAUGGAGGAAAGUGAUAGAAAAUUAAACAAAGACACACAACUAUAACAUUUUAUCAGUGUUUGUUUGGUUUCUCGUUUUAAAAAAUGAGUGAGAGAACAAUGUCGUCCUUACACUUUUUCUGUUCUUUAUUCUGUAGGAACUGCUAUCAUGGCAAUGUUUCCCAAUGUGUAUGUUGCAAUGGUGAUGAUCAGCAGCAUGGGCAUCAUCUCCAUGAGUAUCUCCUACUGUCCUUAUGCUCUGCUGGGACAGUACCAUGAGAUGAAAGAGGUGCCUGAAUUCUCACUUAUUUUCUGAGAAUAAUGUCAAGUUUUGAUUUGUCUUAUCCAGUUUGCAAGAACCAGGUAGUGAUACAUAUUAUGUAUAAAAGACUAACUCAACAUAUGACCUGUAGUAACUGUACAUUUCUCUCUUCCUGCAGUACAUCCAGCACAGUCCCGGUAACUCCCGCAGAGGCUUUGGCAUCGACUGUGCCAUCUUAUCCUGCCAGGUGGGUGUUAAAGUCACAUAAUCGCACUUCCUGCGACAAAGCUUAUGUCUACUUGAUGACGCAAAACAGACUGUUGUUGACUGUUGUCUCUAAUCUGGUAGGUGUACAUCAGUCAGAUCUUGGUUGCCUCGGCUCUGGGUGCUGUCGUGGAAGCGGUUGGAAGCGUCCGCGUCAUUCCCAUGGUGGCCUCUGGGGGCUCCCUUCUUGGAUUCUUCACUGCCUGCUUCUUGGUCAUUUACCCAACUCCAAACAGCAGGUGGGGGAACUUUGUUGAGAACAGAUUUGGUUUCCUGCCAGUAUUGUAUUAGGAAUAUAACAUACCCCAUUUUGGACUACCCCCACCAGUUUGUAAAACUGUUCUUCUGAGUAUAAUCUCCAGUCCUAACAUCUAUGGUUUUGAUUCUGAUCCACAGGGAAGUGGACUCAUCCAAAGCUUCAGAAAAACGGGCCUUGACGAAGCUGGAAAAUCCCAUCAGCAGUGAAGUGGCCGUCAUCGUAGAAAAACCCAGUUUCCUUAAACUGAACAAGGCGGGCAAGGCCACCACUACCACCACUUCCUGUCAUACAGAGAACGAGUCUGCUCUGUGAUUAGCUGGCUUCUUCAAAAAGCACGUGACUGCAGGACUGGGUCACCACUGAUAGAGGGACUUUGUUUUCUUGGUUUGCAUCAACAGGAUAGUUUUAUUUAGACUUUUUGAAGGAAACUAAAUCUGCUGCGGGACCAGUGAUUCACCUGACCAACGUACCCAACAUUAAAAUAUUCUGGUCCCAGAGCGGUUUCAGCCAUCACUGAAAUUCCUUCUUCUCAACCGUCACAGUUAUCUGAUUGAUCCGUCUCGGGUCAUUCAGAACUGAGCAAUUCAUGGUUUAAGGAGAGGUCGUCUCUGUCUCUCAGGGCCUCUAGGAGGUGCUACUAAGCAACCACCUGGACAGAAAACUUCAGGGGACUCACUCAUACACGCACACACCUCUUCAUCAGGGGGUUGACACGAGAAUUGAAUGAAUACCUGAGAAAAAGAACUUUGUUGAAUUCAAGUCCUCGAAGCUGCAAUCAUUCUAAAUGCUGAAAUUGUUCUUCCUCUCUGUGGAUUAAGUUUGAUUGAAUCUUUGCGAUGUGAAGUGGAAGUUGACGGAAAGUGUGUUUUGUCUGCGGACUUGUUGUCUCUAGUGGAGGCAUUGUGUUCACCAAAAUAAACCCAACGACAGACUUCAGCUUUGUUGGACGUUUGACAGCACUCUGAUCGCAGCUUUAAGACUCAACAGACUUUUGGGAGUGGCAUUUUCUGAAACUAAGAACCGGAGUCCGGUGAAAAGCCUUGGGGAAAAAAUGUUUGAUCACGAGUCCCAGAAUUGGUCGGGAAUGUUUUUUGUGUUGUUGAGUUUUUUUGUUUAGCCUUAAGGAGGUUUGCUCAGAAGAGUGGGGCAUAAGGAGAAAGUUGCCUGAAUACUGAGUCAAAGUGUAGUGAAAUUCCAGGAAAGAAAGAGCAAAGGAGCAGUUUGCAUUGGCAUUACAAUUCCAAAUAUUUCCUUUUCUGACUCAUGGAGGGCCCAGAGUGAUGCUCCUGAUUGUGUUAAAUAAUCAGACUAACCUCCAUGCUGCACGUUAGAGGAGCAGAGAGAAGACAAAACAAACCGUUGACCAGAACAGGAGAGAGUUGUGGAGUUGUUCUCUAUUUCUCUGCGUUCUAGAUUAAUUUCAUUUUACUUUUUAGAAAUGCUGUUGGCACAAUGUUUGUCUCUUACUGCGCAUUAUUGUUCAAAGACACUCACUAAUGUUUAGUACAUGAAGUGCUGUUUGAAACUUAUUGAGACAUUGAAGGAGUUUGCCUCGUUCGGACUCUUCCAGAAACAAUUAGAGUCUUAAAUGAGACACAAGAAUAUUAUAAUUUUUCCCUGAUAUACUGAAGAAAAAAGAGGUGGAAUUACAUCAGUCAAACUCUAAUCAUUGAUAAAGAAAAAUUGACAAGAGUAAGCUGAAUUAUGAUCGGUAAAUGUUUUCCUCAAUAUUGAAAACGUUUGUUCAGGUGUCAACAGACAGUUUUUGAUGUACCAUUUGCACCCCUGAAAAAAGAGGCUUCUUUAGAUUUUUUGGCCUUUGCAAAGCAGCUCACUAGCGCAAACAGCUACUUAAUCAUAGCUGAUCAUGUGAGUAAAAACAUUUUCUUCUACCAUGUCUAUAUUAAAAGGGGCUGUGUCGACCGAUGCUGUUUUUUUGUGCUGGCAGCAGCUAUUUUUUAUUCAGACUUAAUGCAGUUAGGGUUAGGUGCUAGAGUGCUCAACAACCUCAGUGCAAAAAUAAAAAUAGAAAAAUCAGAGCCCUGAAUAAAUCUCUUUUAAAGUCCUAGUUUUCUGACUUCUUUCUCAGAAUUUUGAGAAAUAUAAGGCCUCGAAUAGUUUGUAAUUUCGCGUUGUAUAUUUUUGUCGGUCCCGGUGUGUAAGGACCAGAAUUUUAAUUUAAUCUCAGAAUUUAGGCUUUAGAGUAAGUUUUUUUUGACUUAAUGAUUAAAAUCUGAAUUCUGACUUGAUUCUUUUUGUAAUGUCUGACACUUUUUGAAGUUUUCCUUUUUCUAGAGUUCUGAAUGAAAAGAUGGAAAUCUGGCAAAAACAGACUGAAUUUUUAACCUUAAACCCAGAAUUCUGAGAAAAUGACUAAAUUCUCACUUUUUUUUAAUCAGAUUUUUCUUAUUUUGAAAAAGGUGCAAUUUAAAAAAAACAAAGAUAACCUUCAUGUAUAACUUUUUUUUCUGUAAACUGGCCCUGAUCCUCUUCCGCGCAAACCCACAGACAUUUAUCCCACUGCUGCACUCGUCAAUGUCACUUUUUGGUACCUGACCAAUCAGAGUCAUGAAAAAGAGGGGCGGGACUUCUGUUCAUGCUUUGAAAAUAACUAAGGUGGAGGUACUACUAGAGCUAAAGUGACUACACUCGAUUUUUCAAGGUACAGUUUUCUAAGCCAAGAGCUGCAAUAUGACACAACUGCCACAAAGUGCAAGUAAAGAUGAAACACGGAGCAUUUAAAACGGACCUAAUGGUCACUGUUAAGGAAGCGGAAAUGCUGCGCGACAUUUUUGGUUAGCUAGCAACAGCAUGAAGCGCGCUGAGAUUGAGAUCGUGGGUGCUGCCGGCGCCAAAAAACACCUCAGUGGACAUGGCAUCCAACAAAACUUAGAAGACAGUCAUCAAAACAAUGUUUUAAAGAGAAGAGGAGACAUGCACGAUGGGUACAUGAAAAUCAAACCCUCAUUGAUAGGCUACUGAUUUAUUAUAUUUGUAGGAGAAUUUGUUAGAGAAACUUCUAGAAAUGUGUCCAAAGCUCACACUGUUGGAUGUGAUAUAGACUGUUGGAUGUGAUAUGUAUAUUAAUUUCUUCCUGACAAAUCAGACGUGUUGUUGCAAUACCAGCCUUUAUGAAUGAUUUUGGAGGAGGACUGUGAAGGUUGUGCAGGGAGAGCAGGGUUAUUGUUGUGUUUUUCUGUCCUCCAUCUGUUAGAGUGAAAGGCCAAGGAUUUAGGUCAGUUUGCCUCUGGGCUCCAUCAGCUGAAACAUGCAGAUUUAAAAGAAUCUGAAUGUAAACUGCAGUGGGUUCAUUUACUAAUGACGAAGCUUUUAUCUUAGUGUGCAAUUAGUGGAGGAGCUGAUUUUUUGAAUUGUUUGGAAUUUAGGAGAGGAUUCACUCACACAUUAGGAGGGGUGUUGGUGCAGAUUUCAACUCUUUUUUUAGACUAAAUCAAUUCCAUUAUUUCAGGUACAUUCAGCCAGUCUCCAGGCGAAGCGGACAGGGAGGAUUUCGCUCUGACUUUGGUGUGGGAUGGGAUGGUGACUCAAAACAGGGGGGUCCAGAUGCAGAGUUUUGAAAGGUGUCUGUUACUACUUGGGCAAUAAAACAUUCUGGACUUUAAAAAAAAAAAAAAGACAUGCAACAAAAAAAGACAACUUAAAAAAACUUUGGGUGUGGGAGGUUUGCAUGCCACAACAGCAAUAUGCAUGUGUGCAACACCAAAGUAUGACUCUGUACAAAUCACUCAGACUCUUUUCUUUGUGUCCUAAUAGGUCAGGGAUGUGUUUUUUAAUGCAUGGCUGGAUGUUUGUGUCUUUUUGUUUGAAUUUAAUGUGUAAAAAAAACAACAUGUACUCUUUAAGCUGGAGCAUUGUGCUCGGUCUGGGUGAGUACACUCUUAACAAGCAUGUGACUAAAUUUUCUUUUGUUUUCCUUUUUUUUUUUUUUUGCACAUUUAUGAUUAAAAUUUAGGACCACACUCACCUUGUCACCUCUCAGCGCUGCAUACAGGUGCUUUGCAGUGUUUUGAACGGUCAAAGACGGGGUGUGUGUGGUUGCAGAGCUACACUUCUUGUUAAAAGUGUAGGUGAGAAACUCCAGGCCAUGAAUACUUGAAGUGCAACUUGAGUGUUUCUGUCCCAUUGCAGUGGAAAGUCUCUGAUUUUAGGGGUUUGUUUUACUUGUUCUUAAAUGUCCCAAGCCUUUUUUUUAAUGCAGACUCUGGAAUGUUCAGACAGCAGCUCGGCCUGCUGGGAGAUUGAGUUCUUACCUUUGAUUCCAUCUUGUGACUUAAAUGUUCUUGAAUGUCAAGUGAUUUCAUCUGAAAUCAUUUUAACUCUGAUGUUAGCAAACUGGGGGUGGGGGGGAGGUCUGACAUUGCACAGAACUUGCACAUAAUAUAAAAAACAAACAGAGGUGUGUUGCAAAAGGAAGACAUUAUAUAACUGUGGAUAUUUAUUUUUUGAGCUUUCUUGUCUCUACAGGACACUUUCUCUUAGUUUCCAAAAGACUACAUUAAAGCUACUCUGUUAGCUGUUACGGGAGAUGUAAUACAGGUGGACUGGAGUUUGAAAAUGACCGUGUGUGUGUGCGUGUGUGUAUGUGUAAAGAAACAGGUAAAAGUGUGUUAAAAUCGUCAUCUCAGUGUUUGUUUUGGUUCUGGUUCUCUGUUCUUUUCAAUCACCUGGUUUACACUUAACUCUGGAAUCGAUGGCUGCAAUACCAGGGGUUAUUGAUGAGUCUUUAAUGUUCUGUUUUAACUCAACUAGAUGUCUUUUUCAUGUUUUUGUGUCCGUUUGACCUCAAGGCAGAGCCACACACCAGAGUUGAGUCUUUUGCACUUUUCAGUGGCAACCAUAUUGGCUCCACCGUCCCCAUCUUUGAAUGAAUGUUUGUGACGUAAAGCCGCCGCCUCAUGUCUCUGUGAGUGGCUGUCAGCAGCGUGGCGCUCAUGCUGUUAAGUCCAAUCUGGCCCGACCCGGCGUGUGCGGCUCUGCCUUCAGAGAUCUGUUUGUUAGAGACAGAGAAGAGAGAUGCCUAUAUACUUUGAUUUUCACAGAGGUUUAAUCAAGAAGAAAACUUAAAGAAUGGGAAAGCAAGUAUGCGCAGUGUACUAUAUAUUAUAUGCCUUGUUAUUUUGGAAAAAAGAUGUAAAUAUACAUAUUUCUCUUUUAGUUUCUUCUUUUUGCUGCUAUAAAAAGAUGAUUAUUUUUGUUAGUACUUUUGUUUUCUAUAUAAAGACUGUAUAUAUAAAUAUAUCUAUGUUCUGUAAAUAUGCUUGAGCCUUCAUAUAGGACUCUGGAUGAACACUGUAUGGAACGCACCUUUAAAAUCUGUUCAGAAAUUAACCAGAA